ACGAUCCGUCAUUGCCCGCGAUCAAUUUUUUAUUUUCGACACGAUUAUUCGCUUCGAUCAUCGCGGCUUUAGCCGACGGUGUUAUCGCGAAUCCGAAACGAUCGAACUUUCUCGAUCUACGGAACCGAAUCGAUCCGACCUGUGCAUCCUUCUUUUGGAUUUUCUGACACGGUGUUACUUGGAUAUCGUUCUCUUCUCUACGACUCGACUUCGCGAUGCUAGGUGAUCGAAGCACGCCGGGUGAAGCUUCGAAAUAGUAAAAGAUGUCGCAGCCGCCAUCAAAACCCCAUGGAAAAGGCGGGCCAGGGGGUUGGUCGGCCAGACCCAACGUGCCAGGCCAUUACAGACCCCCGUCGCCAUAUAGUCCUUCGAGUUCGCCGCAUCCUCCGCGUCCUCGAGGACCACCGACACCGGUUCACCAUGCUCAUCCUGCGUCUCCUCUGACGUACUCCGGAAUGAUGCACCCGAUGAGUCCGGUGCCUAUAGGAAUGCCGAUUUCACCUGGUAUAUCCCCGGUUUUUGGAUCGCCGACUAGCUACAUACAGUGUCCCAGACCUAGAUGGCCUUCGCCUCUUCCGAUUGGGAGUCCUGCACCUAGACCUUACAUACCCGCUCAGAGUUCCGCAGAAAGCGGUACAUCGUCACCCUUAGCCACCGGACCAGCAGAAUACAUGAUCGGACCCUACCGACCCGGAGAUUACGAGUACGUAGGAGUUCCACUGGAUCACUCGCAAACGGAGGAGGAAUCCAGUGGACCCAGCACCGCGGAAAUAAUCGCGAACCAAAGUCAAGAUUACGUGGAUGAAAAGUUAGCCGAGUACCAGGCCACGAUACAGCAGCUUCAAAACGAACAAGAACGCGUACAGAAGAAGACAUUCGUCAACUGGAUCAAUUCGUACCUGUCCAAGAGGAUUCCACCGCUCCGUGUGGACGAUUUGAUCGAUGACCUUAAAGACGGCACCCGUCUGCUCGCUUUACUAGAAGUUCUGUCCGGCGAGAAACUGCCGGUUGAAAGGGGCCGUAACCUGAAGAGACCGCAUUUUCUCAGCAACGCGAAUACUGCUCUUCAAUUCUUACAGAGCAAAAAGAUCAAACUAGUGAACAUCAACUCAUCCGACCUGGUAGAUGGCCGACCACCCGUCGUACUGGGCCUGAUUUGGACCAUCAUCCUAUACUUCCAGAUCGAGGAGAAUACCAGAGCUUUGGAGUAUCUGGGGCAAACCUGGGGCAGUCAGAGCAGUCUGGAGAGCCUCAGCACCCAAGGGUCGGCUACCAGCGAGAGGAAACGCAUCAGCAGCGAGAAAUGGAAACAGGGUGCGAGGAAGACUUUGCUGCAAUGGGUCACCAAUGCUCUGCCAAAGGACAUAAAGGUCCGCGAUUUCGGAGAAAGCUGGCGCGACGGAAACGCGUUCCUGGCCAUCAUCGACGCCAUUAAGGCGAACCUGGUGAACAUCGCAGCCAUGAGAGAGGCGACAAACCGAGCUCGUCUGGCGACAGCCUUCCACGUCGCGGAAUCAGAACUGGGAAUCGCGAGACUGCUCGAUCCAGAAGACGUCGACGUUCCCCAACCUGACGAGAAAUCGAUAAUGACUUACGUAGCGCAAUUUCUGCAUAAGUAUCCGGAGCCAGGAUCCACGGCUGCGGAUUCGUUCGCUGCUGUGCAACAGGAAUAUGAUGGACUGUUUAAUUGGUUGAAUGAGAAAGUUAGAUAUCUGGAGCAGAUGGAUAGGACCAGUACUUUCCCUUUAAAUUAUGGAGAUUACCUUGCUUUGAAGACGGAGGCUGACCAACAGCUGGUGAUUUACAAUAAGUUGCAACGCCUUGUUGAGACUCCUAGCAUGAUCAGCAUCACCAGAGACUCGUGGGGACACAUACAGAGCCUGUGGAAGACUUUUGAAAUCCUCAUGUUACACUGGCUCUGGCUUCUGGACUCCUCCCUCCCAGGCGAGUUAGGAGAAGUCGGCAAAUGGUUAGGUCGCGCAGAAGCCCUUCUAAUAUCCGACACCGACAUCCCCGAGGAAAUGACCGAAGAAACCGCCAACAUAAUAUCGAAUAAGCUAGAAGACCACAAGAAGUUCUUCCUAGAUCUACCGUCCAUGACAGAACGUUUCCAAGCAGCCAAGAGCUCACAGCUGGCACUGAAGGUGCAGCCUCAACAGCUGGCCAACAUGGCGGCCCGAUUCGAGAGCCUGCCCGAUCGCGCUGCGAAACGUAGAAUCCGACUAAAGUUCCUGGAGCACAAAUGCUGCCUUAUUGCUUUCUUGUUCCUAGUCGAGACGAAGCUGAAGGGGUGGAGCGUGAAAUAUGGCACUGAAGAGAAGGUGCAUCAGAUGUUGGAACAGUAUAGAAACUUCGUGUCCCGAAACAGGAUCUUCCAGGAGUUCCAGAAAGCGUAUCUGGACAUGCAACAGGUUGUCGAGGAUUAUAAACGCGAAGGAAGUAUUGAUAAAGAAGAAAGUGCAAGCAUCGACCGUUUCAUGAGAGAAACCAGCGAGAAGUGGAAGAGCGUCUCCAUGGACCUCCGCUGCGUGCAAAGCAUGCUCGAGGAGGUGGUAGCCUACUGGCGUCGCUGGAACGUCGUCUCCGACGAGUUCGAGGCGUGGUUGAAUCGAGCAGAGCCAGCUCUGAGCCUCCCUGAGGAAGAGAGGAUGGAGUUCUUCCAAGACAUAAGUGUCUGGAAGGACAAACAUCAGCAACUAUCAGAUACGGUGACGUUCCUCAUCGCCACAUCCGACGAGCCAGUGGCUCUCCAGCUGAAGCAACGUUACUCGAGCCUCACAGCGAGAUGGGAGUCCCUGUUCCAGGAAGCGAAACAGUACAUGCGUGCUGGGGACGUGAUACGAAACAGGAAGGACUACAGAGCCGGUGUGGAGACAUUACAGAAUUGGCUGAGGAAUGUCGAGUCGGCCUUGGCAGCCACUGACUUGACCACCACUGAAAAGAUUAAGGCUUACGGAGAAAAACUGCAAGUUUUUCACAACGAGGUAGAGGGUAUUGAAGAUCUUUUUAAGAGCAUCAGCAAGAAGUUCCAGACGCUGAUUCAAGAUCUGUCGCGCGAUGAAGUGGACAAGAUGAUGAACACCUUGAAGAAGGAGAAGGAAGCUCUGGUGAAAGUGCGAGCUCUGAUACCCAUGCAGCUACAUUUGUACCAUCAGCUGCUGGUUCAGCAGGAGUCCCUGGAAGCUGGACAGAAGGAGAUCGCUGCUUGGUUGGACGAGGCAGAGAGGAUGUUGACGAGUAUCGACCUGUCUGGAGGCAGAGAGUACAUCCUGGCGCAGCUGGAGCGUCACAAAGCCUUCUUCUCGAGAACUCUUUACUACAAGUCGAUGUUGGAAUCCAAGAACAAGGUUUUCACGAGUAUUGUUAAGUCCGUGGAUAGCCAUGCCGAUGUCAGUACGGCGGAAGGUGGUAAAACUUUGAGGGAACUCAAUGAACGGUUCAACAAGGUGUCUCAAGCUGCCCAGACCUGGGAACAACGGCUUCAGGAAGCUGUGAGAUGCUGGACCAAGUUCAAGGAAUGCGAGAGACAGGUCUCCGAAUGGCUAUCCGUAGCGGAGACCAUGAUCAAUGACAAACAUACCGAUAAUAGACGAUCGAUAGAGUAUCACAAGAAUUUCUUCAGCAACGUCAGCGAGAAAUGGAUCCAGGAUUUCGUGAACGCUGGACAGGACUUGAAGAAUAUUCUGCCUGUCGAACAGCAAGCUCCUAUUGUAGAGGCUGUGGAAGCUCUGCAGAAACGUUGGAAAGUGGUACUAACAUUUGCACCUCUUCAUCUAAUGAAACUCGAGUUCCGCCUCGACGAAGCCACUUUCCUGCAAUACCUGAAGGGAAUCGAGGUUGAGAUCAACUCUGAGCAGCAGGCUCUCAUGAAGAACGACAACGUGGAAAGUAUACUGCAACGAAACAAGGAGUUCUUUGUUAAUCGCGGCACCGUACUGGAAGUGGAGAAGUGCCUGCAGACCCUGAAGAAGAUCAGUCAGGCGUACAGUCAGUUGAAGUUUAGUGACACCAGUUUGACCGAGGCCACUCAGAAUGCUGAACGUAUGUGGGAGGAAUGUGCUCAGAAGGUGGAACGUUUGAGGGAUCAGUUGAAACAAGUGCCUCAACAAUGGGCUGCGUAUAAGAAGAAAUUCGACGAGAUGGUGCGAUGGAUGGACCACGUGGACAGCAAUCUGAGAAGCAUACUACACGAAGUGAACACUCUGGAAGAAUUUGAGACCGAGAAAACUAUAUUCCAGAAAAUAUGUCGAGAAGCAGACAGCAAACGUGAAGAGAUGAAAUGGUUGGUUCAAACCUUGGACAGUCUGACCUCGAACCGUUCAGACCACGAAGCCCUCUCGGAACAGAACCGUCUGGAGCAAUUGAUCACUCGUUACAAGAAUCUGAUACCCACCAUCGAGAUAACCAUGACGAAAACGGACAUCUACUCGAAGAGUUACACGUACAGGAAGGAAGUGCGUGAAGUGUGUACUCUUCUGCGCAAGGUUCGCGAUCAGUCCAAAGUCGACGUGGUGGCCGAAGGUCCAGAGACCUUGCAGACCGCUGUGAGUCAUCAGGAAAGUCGCUUGAGCAACCUGGAACAGCAGAGACCGAAUAUUGUCAGCAUGCUGCAACGCGGUAAAGAUCUUCUGAAGGACCAACACGCUCCUCCAUUCGUGUCCCUCGAAGUUCAGCAACUGGAGUCCAACUGGAACGAUACGUACAGUCAAAGUGUGGAGACAUUGAAGAGUCUGAAGAGCACUCAGAAACUGUGGAACACCUAUUCGGAGCAGAAGGAGGAGAUCUUGAAGCUGAUCGAGCAAGCUGAUGAAGAGCUGAGGAAGAUAGAAUCGAAGAUCUAUUUCAAUGCCUCCGAAGCGUCGUCCGAUCUUCAGAGCAAGCAAGACUUCAGUUCGACCUUGAGGAAAUCGGCCGAGGAGCUGCUGAAGAAGCUGCAAGAAACGUACAGUCACUUGACCGAUGUCACACCACCGGAGAAAAGGGAGGUUCUGAAGAAAGAGAUCACCAUUACAGAGAAGCGCAUGGAGACCACCUUGAAAACGGUCGAGGAGAAGGUGGUUCAUCUGCAAGAACACAGCGCUAGAUGGAACAAGUUCCAGGCGAAGCUGAACGCGUUGCAGCUGUGGGCUCAACAGAAGUCGCCUCAGUCGAUUGCCGAUGCAGCCAACCUGGCGACGACCCCUGAAGAGAUGGUGUUCAGAACGGAGAGACUGCAGAAGGAAAUCCAAGAGAAGAUCGAGACACUGAAGUUCCUCGAAGUGGAGUCUUUCCAUCUCGUUAAAGGUGAAGGUCACAAAGCUGAAGGCACACAGCUCUGUCGUGACUUCCUGCAACUCGAGAAGGCGAUCAAAGAUCUGAAGCAGAGCGUCACCGUGCAACGUCAAUCCGCCUCGCAGAAUCUGGAGACCUGGAAGGAGUACGAGAAAGGAAUAAAAGAGCUAAAGCCCUGGAUCGAAGAAUCAGAGUCCAAGGCCGCCACCAUAGGCACCAAACCCACCACUCUGCCUCAAGCGGCUCACAUGCUCGAAGAAGCCAAAGCGUUCGAGAUACGCUGCCAGCAACACUUCCCCAGGAUCCAGGACCUGUCGCUGAUCAGCCAAAGAAUAUCUGGCAGGACGUCGGCAUCGGACGAAGUGGACGCAGUCCACACUCGCUGGAACGCCGUUCACGACACGGCCGUGCAGGCAACCACAAAGUUAGACAAACUCGUCACCUCGUGGAACAGCUUCGAGUCAGAGAUCAAGGAAUUCAAGGAGUGGCUCGAAAGGUCCGAGAAAAGCGUGCUCGUGGAACCUAACACCCAAACGCCGGAAGUGUCGGUGCUAGAGAAGGAGUUAGCUCGUUUGAAGGACUUCAAUAAAACGAUAUCGGACCACCAGGCUCAAUUGAUCUCCUUAACACAGGUGUCUGAUCACAUCAGUCACGCUUUGUCCCUGGAGGGAGCGACGAACCUGAAGAGCCGAGUCUCGGACAUCAAGUCCAGAGUCAGCAAACUCGCGGACACCGUGAGACUGCAGAUCAACCGGGUGUCCGAUUCGCUGCUGGCUCGUCAAGAGUUCCAGAUGAAGAUCACCGACUUCGAGAACUGGAUGUCGAGGUUGAGGUCGAAUAUCGCCGAGAUCAGCGACGCUACCGUGGACACUGUCGACACUAAUCUUCAGGCUGUCCACGCCUACAUUCAGGAACACUCCGAGAAGCAGCCGACUUUCGCAGCCAUUUAUGACGAAGUCAAACAGCUCUCCUCGAAGGGGUCAGUCAUGGAGGCGGCUGCUCUGGACGAGACCUACACCGCCCUGGCGAAGAAGUACAAAGCCUUGGAAGAUGACUUGCAGCAGAAGAAAAAGGGUCUGGAGAAGUGGAUAGAGCUGCUCAGCUGGUUGAACGACGCGAACGCUCAGCUGAGUCACUGCAAGUACGAAGCAGAAGCUAGGAAACCGACCAUAGCUGACCUGGAAAGGUUCUCUUCGGAGUUGCAAACGAUAUAUGACAAGAUAGAAAGCUGGAAGCAACAUAUUCCACCAGAUUCAGCGGUGGGUAUCCAAAUCAGGGACAAACAAGGAAAGCCUCUGUCGGCUUCUGGUCUGCUGAACGACCUCGAGAACAAGGCCAUAUCCCUGAAGAACGAGAUAUCCGCGAAACGUGACCGACUGGAGAACCUCGGUGCCAGGUGGAACAACUUCAGAACGCUGCAGCAGAAGAUCACCGAGAAGAUUCUGAAGACUCAAACCGCUCUUCAGGAAAUUGUUUACAACGUCGAUUCUUGUAAACAACUGGCACCUGCGGUGGACAAGAUCGAUGCCCUCAUAGAGGAACACCAGAAGAGAGAACAGGAGAAGGAGAUUCUUCAUUUUGAAGGAAGCUCGUUGAUGAAGGAGGAUCAACGGUCGACGACCAACAUCCAGGUGGCUCUGUCUUCCGUCGAUGCUAACUGGGAGAAGGUCAACGAACUCCUCAGAGACCAGAGGAAGAAAUACGCCGACAUGAACGCGGACUGGAAAGCGUACGAAGAGGCAAAGCAGAAACUGAAGAAGUCCAUCGAAGAGUCGAAUAAUCUGUGUCGAUCGGCCAAAGGGGUUCCCUACGACACUACUCAAGCUAACAUGAAUUUGGAGAAGCACAAGAAGGCGUUGGAGAUCCUGAAGAAAGGCAAGCAGUUCCUGGAGAAAAUGGACUCGAAGGAGCAGCAGCUGACGAAGGAGACGUCCCUCAUGCCCAGAUUCGACUCUGACUCGAUCGAGAAGGACUUGGCCGAGUGUCGGCAAAGUUAUCAGGAAACCUACAACGAGAUCAGCGAGAGAUUGCAGGCUUAUGAGUCUCAAGUGAUCAUCUGGAAGCAGAUAGAAGAAUCGAAAUCUGAACUUAUAACUUGGCUAACCGACACUAGUGAAGCUCUGUCCACUGCCUGCGCAGGUUUGCUGGACACCGAAAGUUGCUACGCAAAAUUGAUGAGAUAUCGCGAAGAACUGCCCGGUUACCAACAAGUGUACCGAAACAUCGUCUCAAAGAUCGAGCAGCUGAUCAAACUCAACAAUGACACUGAUAUUCCUACCUUGAAGUCCUUGCAGAAGGUGCUCGACGAUCAGUUCAAGCUGGCCAAAGGCUACGCGGAUGAACUUGAGUCUGUGACAUCCGCCUUGAACGAGAGAGAGAGAAGCAUCAGACAGGAGAUGAAGAGAUGCGGUGAUCUGAUUUCGAAGAUCCGAGAAGACAUAAUAAAGUGUGACGACUUGACUGGCGAGAAUACCAAGAUCCUGGGUCGCAUCAACAAGUGCCAAGAACUGAAGACUGAACUGGAACAGUGCGAUCAGGCUCUGUCGAAGGUUAAAGAUUCUAUGGACUCCAUCGCGACAGACUACCGCGGUUUCUUCAGGGCGAAUCUGCCUAACGAGCUGCAGGCUCUUCAGCUCCGAAGAGACGGCGUCGCCAGCCACGCGAACAAGGUGAUUGCAACCUUGGUUGCGUUCUUGACCAAACUCUACCACGAGAAAUUCGGAGCUCUUCAGCGUAUGGUGGUGACUCUCAAAGAAAAGGUGGCCUGGUGUGAACCUGAGCAGAGCAGCGAUCGCUACAACCUGGAAGUAAAAAUGGCGUCUUUGAUGGACGUGGAAGCUGGAAUCGCGGAUUGCAUUGCAAGAAAAGAGGAUACGGACAACUCUCUGCAGCUUCUAGCGUCCGUGGAGAGUCCAGAAACGAUGGCAGCCCUGAAGGCCGAUCGAGACAAGGUGGAGGCCGACCUGGAGUCCCUGAAGUCCAGUUACAGCAAGAUCAAAAAUGAUUUAGAGAGGAACAUCGCUUUGUGGCAACGUUAUGAACUGACUUCCGAGAGCGUUCUAUCGUGGCUGAAGGAGAACGAGAACAAGAUCAGAGCCGAAGCUUCCGCACUGCUGAACUUGGAGGACAUCGAGCAGAAGAUUUCCGAGAUGAGUCAAGCUCAGAAGACAGUGAUGGAGUAUAAUACAGAAUUAAAGUCGCUGACCGCUUUAGCUGAAGACAUCACCAAAGUCAGCUCCGAGUCCAGAGUGAACCAGUACAUAGUGCACCUGAACACACGAUACGAGUACGUGCUGAAGUUCCUGUCGCAGUACCUGGACAGACUCCGAGAGCUGAAGGAGAACAGGGAUCAGUACAUAGCGAACAAGAAGAAACUGGAAGAGUGGAUCGAGAACGCUGAAAAGACCCUGAAAGUGUACGAUGAGAUAAGUGGACCUAAACCUAUCACGUUCUAUCAGUCGCGUCUGAAGGAGCUGAAGGCGUUCGCCGAAGAGCGAGAGGUAGGUCAAGCCAUACUGAAUCGCACCGCCGAAGCUGGCGAGGCUCUGUUCUCCAGAAUCACUCCCGAUCAGAGGGAAACCAUCAGAGCUGAGUUAAGAAACUUCCGCAACCGAGUGGACGCCAUGGCAGAUCGCGCGAACGUGAUCUACAAGAAGAUAGAGAGCGACAUGAUGCACAGAUCGUCCUUCGAGGACAAGUUCUCGCAGGUGAAACAGUGGCUGGUGGACGCCCAGAACAAACUGGGAGAGAAGCAAGAGUUAUUGCCGACCUUGCAGGAGAAGAAGUUGGCUCUUCAUUUGUACAGAGCAGUGGCUCAAGAUGUAACCGUUCACAAGAACAUUCUUCAGCAGCUGCAAGAGAGGCUGAGCUCAGCGCCCGAUGACGAUGCGAGUGAAAUGCUGGCGAAUGUGAUAGAAGCUUAUGAAAAGCUGUCCAACGAAGUCGAAGGAAGGAUCAACAUCGCCGAGAAGCACGUCUCGAACCACGAAGCUUACUUGCAGACCUUCGAGAAGACCCGCGAUUGGAUCAACACGGUCGUCAAUGAGGGCACACCCAUCAUCGAGGACUUCUCCGUCGAGAAAGACACCGCGCAGAGCAAGAUCGCCGCUAUCGAGAAUUUGUUGCAGCAGCAAGCCGAAGGAGAUCGAAUCCUCGCCGACUGUAACCAGCAAUUGAACAUAGUUCUCGAGCAGACCUCUAUGCCGGGUCACCCGGCGCUGCUGAUGAACUUCGAGCAGCAGAACAAGAUGUGGAAGGACUUCCUGAAGAAGUGCACCGCCGCCAGGGAUAAACUGAAGCACAUGUUCAGUCAGUGGUCCGAGUUCGAGAAGAUAGUGGAAGGUUUAGAAGCUUGGAUCAAGCAGAUGGAGACUCAGCUGAAGGACCAAAGUCUGAAGAGCACGGAGGAAGCGAAGAGGGCGCAUCUGCAGAGACUGAAGUCCCUCGAGGAGACCAUCCUCGCUAAAGGCAGCGAAUUUAAUGCUGCGAUCGAGAAGAGUCAGAGCAUCGAGGCUGAAGCCGACCUCGCGACCAGAGUCUCCAGGCAGACCACGAAGUACCAGGCCAUCAAGAACCAGAUUAAGGAGGCUGUGAUGAGGUACGAGCAGUUCGUGAAGGAGCACAACACGUUCAACGUGAAGUACGAUCAGCUGCUGCAGUGGAUCACGGACAUUCAGGCGGAACUGAAGAAGCACAGCGAGAUCGUGGGUGACCUGUCGGUGUUGCAGAACAGGCAGAAGCUCAUUCGAGACCUCGGUGACACCAGAACGAAGGAGAACGCUCGCUUCGAGUCCGUGAUCGACCUCGGUGAGAAGUUGUAUGUGCAUACAUCCCCGGAUGGCAGAGAGAUCAUCAGACAGCAGCUGAGAAACCUGAGAACCUUAUGGGACGGAUUCUCUGAAGAGCUCCAGAACACCAUGCAGAAGUUAGACCAAUGUCUGAUGCAGUUCGCGGAAUUCUCUCUGUCGCACGAACAGCUGACUGCCUGGCUCCGAGACGUCGAACGAGCCAUGCAUCAGCACACCGAACUGAAGUGCACUUUGGAGGAGAAACGAGCGCAGCUUCAGAACCACAAGAUCAUGCACCAGGAGAUCAUGUCGCAUCAGUCCCUGGUUGAGAACGUCUGCGACAAGGCUCAGCAGCUGGUGGAUCAGACUAAGGACACCUCUCUGAACGUCUUCCUGCCUUCCAUCAAACAGCUGUUCCACAAUAUCGUCGCCAAGUCGAAGGAUUUGCUGGAGAACCUGGAGGACUGCGUGGAGAAACACCAUCGAUUCAAUCUGCAGGUGAAGAGCUUCUCCGAUUGGCUCAAUGGAGAACGGGAGAAGCUGGCUGAGUGUAAUGAUGUCACUGGGGAACGGACCGAUAUCUCUCGGAGAAUUGCCACUUUGUCGAUGCUGAAGGACGAUCAGAUGCAGGGAGCUGAGUAUUUGGAGAAGCUGAAGGAGCUGAGCGAUACGGUGAUCAAAAGGACGGCGCCUAAAGGCUGGGACGCCAUUAAUAAGGAGAUCAGCAUUCUGGAAGGCAAUCUUCGGCAAUACUUGAGUGAAAUAGAAUCAGUGGAAGAGAAGCAGAAAGCAGCAUUGCAGAAAUGGCAGGACUUUGAAGACAAAUUGGAAACACACACAAAGUGGUUCAGCACGAUGGAGGCCGCCUUCAGAGAUCAGCAAUUGCAACCCACUUUACAGGACAAGGAGACUCGUUUGCAGGCUUUGAAAGAGAAACGGGACGCCAUAUUGAAAGAAGAGUCUAAAAUCGAUGAAUUUGUCGACAAGUCUCAUAGUCUGCUACACGCUAGCGGCGUCGAACGCAUCAAACCUUUAAUCUCCCAGAUCAGCAACAGAUACCAAUUGCUACAUGUACUCAGCAAGGAGGUGGUCACCCGUUGUCAGAGCAUCGUAGACGACCAUCGCGCUUACGAAGAAAAAUUAAAUGUCGUCAACUCUUGGCUUACACAACUGGAACAAAGUUUAGCCAGCUUGAAGAAGGACGAAGGAAACCUAGAAGAGAAGGUUUCCCGUUUGCAGAUCUUACUCACCGAGAAGGAGCAAGGAGAACAUCGACUGGGAGGCUUGAUAUCCUUCGGAGAGAGGAUCCUAGCCGAUACGUCCGCCCAAGGACGAGAACUGAUUCGUCAGGAACUGAGACAAGCUCGAGAACGAUGGGACAAACUUGUGGAGGGAAUUGCUGAGCAACAGAAGAAACAGGAUGCUCAGUCUUUGCAGUGGUCUAAUUAUCAGGAGACUCUGCAACAGAUUCUGGCGUGGUUGGACACUAUGGAGAGGUCUGUGAAGCAGGACUCUUCUAUUACGUGGUCUUCUCUUCAGGAAAUCAAGUCCAAGUUGCUGAAGAGCAAGGCGAUGCAUCAAGAAAUAUUGGCAUACAAACGCAUAAUCGAAGGGGUCUCCGAGAAAGCAAAUGCUUUAAGCUACACUCAAGCACCAUCCGAUGCUCAGCAGAAAGCUGCCUCAGUCUCCGGUCGAUACGAGGACCUGGUCGAAAUGUCGCAGAAGAACAUUUCUAAUUUGGAGACUCUUCUAGACACCUUCCAACAGUUCUACGAUCUCCAGAAGUCGUACCAGGAUUAUCAGAAGCAGCAGUGGGAGCAGUUGGCAAAUUACAGCGAUUAUACAGGGAACAAGGCUGCUCUUCAAGCUCAGUUAGCUAAGAUCAUGGAACUUCAGGAUGGUCAACGGGAAGGAGAGCUGAAACUGAACAUUCUGAGUGAGCAUGUAGCUCAGAGCGCUCAUAACUUGUCACCAAGAUCUUUGGAAUCUAUGGAAAGGGACUUGGCUACGUUAAGAUUUGAGCAGAAGAAGUUCGCCACCGCAGUGAACGACAUCAUCCGAUGCAUCGAAGAGAGAAUUCAACAGUGGAGCGAGUACGAAAACUCCCUGGAACGAUUGCUAGCUUGGCUGACCGAUGCAGAGUCUUCCUUAAAGAAUUACUCGCUGAAGAACACUUUGGACGAGAAGCAGGAGCAGCUUGAAAAAUAUCAGGCACUACAAAAAAUCGCCCUGUCGUGGGACACGGAAGUGACGGAACUGGUGGCCCUCGGAGACCACCUGGAUCAAAUGUUGAUCGUCAAUCUCCGUCAAAAUGAAGCUGAAUUCGACAAGAUGAGCGACGAGUCGUCAGAGUUGAUGCAAAUCAGCGGUGAAACCCGGUUUUCGGCCAGUGUUCAGCAGAUCACUUCUCGUUUCCAGUCCAUUCAAGCAACCGCCAAGGAACUGGUCAAGAAAUGCGAGCAAGCAGUGGCAGACCACGCAGCCUACUUGGAGCGCUACAAGCAGUGUUCAGAAUGGCUGGCUAACACUCGGGUGACUUAUCAGUCCAUCAAGGAAGACCUGGGCGGCACUCGACAAGAGCUGUCCUCGAACGUGGGGAUCCUGAAGGACCUGCUAGCCCGUCAGUCCUCAGCAACCCUCCUGAUAAACAAUACAGUUGAAGCUGGAGAGAGAUUGUACCCAACAACAGGCAUGGAAGGAAGAGAAAUUGUUCGCCAGCAACUUCUAGAUCUACAGCAAGCCUUCGAAGAACUGUACGACGGUAUAGCUUCAACGGAACGCGAGUUGCAGUCGAAGAUCUCGCGCUGGUCCGGUUUCGACGACUCGAACGAGGCCUUUGAGAAGUGGCUGAAGACCAUCGAGGCUCAGCUGAAACCUGAAAUUGAGCUGAAGACCACUUUAGAUGAGAAACGUGCUCAGUUACAGAUUUAUCGUACUUUCUUACAUGACGUGCAGUCUCAUCAGCAGGAUCUUCUUGAUCUUCGCGACAAGGCUGAUAAUCUCCCUGAUUCUACGGACAAGGUGCAUCAGACUCUGAAGAAGUUGAACGACCGACAUGCGACGGUGCUGAAACGAGCGGCCGCGUUCGUUGAGAGGUACGAAGGCAUCGUCAGUGAUCAUCAGCAGUACAGCAAGGCUGUUCUUGACACUCAUGAAUGGCUGGACGCGACCCACAACGCAGUCAUACUUUGGGGUGACACGGAGCUUGAGCGAGUGUCACUUCACACUAACCUGGACCGCCUUAAGAACCUUCUUCAGAGUCUGCCCGAGGACAAACCGAGGGUUCAGCAAAUAAGGACUCUGGGUGAGAAGGUGAUACCAGGUACUUUAGAGUCUGGUCAGAUCAACAUCCGUUCGCAGAUAGAUUCGUCUCAGCAGGAGUGGGAGAGUCUAGUGACAGCUGUCAAGUCCACCAUCGAGACUCUGGAGAACAAACUCCAACAGUGGAACGAAUUCGAGACGUCCAAGGAGAAGUGUCUAGCCUGGAUGAGGGAAACCGACACGAAACUUCAUGCUGUUGACUUGAAGCCCACCUUGCAGGGAAAGAAGAAGCAACUGGAGUCCCUACGUGUUCUUCAAGGCCAAGUUCGAGCUAAGGAGUUGGAAAUAGACGCAGUAACAGAGAAGGCUCAGCAGCUCCACAAGAACAUAACCUCUCGAACCACGCACAUAUCUGAGCUGAGCAUCAAAUACCAGCAGAUUUCGAACAAGGUCAAGGACCUGAACAGCCGCUGGCACCAGUACGUGACCACUCAUCAGGAAUUCGAUAACCAGAUGGCGGAGUGCACCAGGUGGUUGGACGACAUCAGGAAGAAAUUAGCCUACUGUUCAGAUCUGGGUGCAUCCUCGCAGAAGGACUUAGAGAACAAGAUGGAGAUAGUACAAGAUUUAUUGCUCUACAAAGAAGAUGGUUUCGCCAAGGUUCAGGGAAUAGUCGAACUUGCUCAGGCUGUCUUAGCGAACACUGCACCGAGUGGACACAAAGCUAUCAAUGACGCCGUUGGAAAGCUUCAGGAACAGUGGAGCGCUCUGGCCUCAAAGAUGCUGGAGACCAAGACCAACCUGGACGACUCCAUCAACAAGUGGGCUGGUCUCCUGGAACAAAUACAAUCCAUGAACAAAACGGUGGACUACAUGCAGACAGCCUUGAACGAGUUCACGCCCUUCCAGACGACCAUGUCCGAGAAGAGGUGCCAGCUGGAACGCAUAAAAGCUCUGGAAGAGAAAGUCCGAUGCGAGAACAUCGAAGUGGACAGUCUGAAGAUCAAGGUUGCCGAGAUGAUCGCCAGUGGACCUCAAGGUCUAGCCGCCUCACAGGCUCAGAGUAUUUUGAAUAGAUUUGAUACGUUGUUCGAGAAGAUCAAAUCCUUGCUGGUUGAAAGAGAGGAGCAGUACAAGGAUCAUCGACUUUACAAGGAGGCUCACGAUGACAUCAUCAACUGGUUGAGCAGAGCUAGGGAGAAGAUACCGUCGAUGAAGCAGAGGUCACUGAGUGAUAAAUUGGCUAUUGAAAACGCUGUCGCGCCUCUGGAGAGCUUGCUGAACAAGAAAGCUCAGGGAGAGUUGCUGGUGGAACAUCUUCAGCACACCGGGAAGGUCGCUAGCGCGAGUACCAGUCCUCAGGGUCAGGAAAUCAUCAAGAACGAGGUCCGAGCGUUGACUCAGAGCUUUGAGGAGUUGUUCAGAGAAAUCAAACAACAGAAGGACCAGCUAGAGCAGACAGUCAGUCAAUGGCGCGAUUACAAGGACGAAUACGAGCGUCUAAGUGACUGGUUGCAGCAAUUCGACAUUCUCAUCAAGGCCCAGAAGAACUCGCUGCUACCAAACGUAGCUGAGAAAGAAAAGCAGGUUCAAGAAGUGAAAGAGAUACUGGAGAAUUUAUUAAAAGGUCAAGAGCAGAUCGACAGGUUCAACAAGACAGCUUCCAGUCUCCUGUCCUCCCACCUGGACACCUACAUAAACAACCAACUGCGUCACUUGAACUCUCGAUACCAAGUCCAAGUGAACUUGGCCAAAGACGUUCUCAACAAGGUGGAGACAAACCUGGCUCAACACAAAGAGUACGAAGCUAACCUGGCUAAGACUCGUGCGUGGAUCGAAAACGCGAAGCAGAUCAUUCGUAAGGGUACAGAGGCUGCUUCUACUAGCAGUCGCGAAGAAUUGCAGAACAGGUUGGAUAACAUUCAGGAGCUGCUGAGGAAACGCGAGGAAGGUCAGAACCUGGUGCACCUGACGGUGAACUGUGGAGAGAAGGUGAUGAGGAAUACAAGGUCAGACGGUCGUGAGGAGAUCAACGCGCAGCUGAAGGAGAUCCAGAACGACUGGGAGAGGCUGGUUAAGAAGAUUUCGACCACCAAGGUGCACUUGGAGACUAGUUUACUCCAAUGGGCAGACUACAGCUCCUCGUACCUGCAACUCCAGCAGUGGAUCAACGACCGCGAGGCGAAGUUGCAGCAGGUUUGCGAGCAAAAGGUGUCCAAAGCCAGGAAGGGUCUGGCUGGAUUAAGUUCCUUGGCUAUUGGCGAGAGGAAGGCGAACCUCAGGCAGACGAACAGUAUUGUACAAGACAUAGUGGCCUUCGAGCCGAUGAUACAAUCCGUCACCACGAAGGCUGAGGAUCUGCGACAAGCUACCCCGGCCACGGAGAUCUCGAUCAAGUAUGAAACCCUGAGCAAACAGGCGCAAGAACUGUACGCUAAGCAGAAGGAGACCGUGGAGCAGCAUCAAGCCUUCAUCGACAGCGGAAACGAGUUCAUACAGUGGAUCAGAGCUGCUAAGGAGAGACUCGGAAAGUGCUCGGAACCCACCGGUGACAAGGAAUCGCUGGCCAACAAGAUCACUCAGUUGAAAGUCCUGCAAAGUGAGCUACCAGAGGGUCAGAAGAAGCUGCAGCAUGCUCUGGAACAGGGCAACGCCGCCUGCCAGAUCGCUGAUGAAGAAGACAAGGAGAUAAUUGAAGAGGAAGUGGCGUUGCUGCAAGAAGAGUACGACAGCUAUGUAGAUUCGUUGAACAACACGAAGAGCCUGCUAGAAGUAGGAAUCGUGAAGUGGACGGAGUACGAAGAUCAGUUCUCUGAGGCAACCGAGUGGCUCACUCAGACUGAGCAGUUGGUGCAGUCGUUUAACAAACUGCAGGAUAGCUUGGAGGAGAAGAAGAAUGUCCUCGAACAGUUCCAGAUUCACUUGCAGACGUUGUUCGAUUGGCAGAAGGAGCUGGAUCGUCUGAAUAUGAAGGCUCAGAUGCUGUUGGAGACUUGUGCUGACACCAGAAUAUCUAACGCAAUCACGCAACUGACGACGAAGUACAAUGCUCUUUUGUCUCUGGCGAAGGAGAUCAUGAGGCGAUUGGAGCUGCAUUAUCAGGAGCACCAACAGCACAAUACUCUGUACCAAGAAUGUCAGGACUGGAUCGAGCGAACUCGAGACAAGCUGGGCGAGUGCAAAGAGAUCCCCAGCACGUUAACCGAAGUGAACAACAAGCUACACACCUGUAAAGCGAUCAGACAGACCCUGGAGCAAGGCCAGAACAAACUGCGUUAUGCUCUGGAGCUCAAAGAGAGAGUGAUCAUGAACACUGAGCAAAAUGGCGCAGCGAAGAUUCAGGAAGACACGGAGAACCUGAAGACAGAGUUCGAGAAGUUGUUGGUCAAUGUGGAGGACAUCAGACAGAAACUAGCUGCAAGAGCUACUGCGUUGGAAGAGUUGAAUAAGAUUCAUCGACUCACCACCGAUUGGAUCGAGGAGAUCGAAGGCAAGAUCCAGCCCGGGGAAAUGUAUAAGAAUGAUCUUAGCGAGAAACGAGCUGUUCUGGAGAAGUAUAAAACGGUGCAGAGGGAUAUACAAGGUCAUGGGGAAACUGUGGAUCGUCUGAAGGCUAGGCUUGCUGAAGAUUCUAGCAUUCCUGUUGGACCCUAUCAGUCUACUAUCGCGAAGUAUGAUGAACUGAAUAAACUGAUCGCUGAUAAGAUACGUAACCUCGAAGAGCAAGUGAACGAUCACGAAAAGUUCCAACAAGCGCACAACGAAGCAGCCGACUGGGUCCGCCACACGAAACUGGAGCUGCAACAAAACUGCGACACCCACGGCGAAAAGGACCGAAUCAUCGAAAGAGAGAACAAAGUGAACCAAAUCAUCGCGUCUCUUCCCAAAGGAGAGACCUUGAUCUCAAAGGUGAUCCAACUGAGCGACGCGGUGAUCUCCAGUACCGGACCAGAAGGUCAAGAAGCCAUCAAGCAGGACGUCAAACAGCUGCAAUCAAACUGGAAGUCCCUGCAGACGCAGUGUCAUGAAUCACAGAAGACCCUGUCUAACUGCAUCGCUAGCUGGUCGCAGUUCACAGCGGCAUUGGACAGCAUGAAGAGGUGGAUAGACCACUUCCAGAAGAAGGUGAACGACGAGCAGUCGAAGGAGAACAAGACUCCAGAGGACCUAGUUCGUUGCAAGAGUCUUGUUGAAGAAGCUAUACAGCAGAAGCCUGUUCUGGAGGACCUGAACGACAAAUGCGAAGCUCUUCUGGAAAUGAGUGCCUGCAGUUGGGCUCGGGAUAAGACUGUCCAACUGCAGUCUGCGUAUACUUCUCUAUUGACGGACAUGCAAGGUCUAGUUUCAAGGGUGGAGAAGAAUCUUUCGGAUCACACAGAGUUCCUGAAGGCGAAGAAGGAGAUGGAGGACUGGCUGCGAAUCGCUCAGGGCUCGGUGCAGGACUGCAUGGGUGUCGGGGACGCUGAGUGGGCGAAGGACAAAUUGGAAACCAUCAAGAUCGUCGCAACGAGGAUCACCGAGGGUCAGCACUUGCUCUCAACCUUACAAGACGCCUUCACAAAGGCAAUCGACACCGCAGUGCCAGAGCAGCAAGAACAGUUAAGAUCAGACAUGGCCGGACUUCUCUCGAGCUGGGAGCAGCUGAGUAUCGACCUAAACACGGUUCAAGCUCAGCUGAAAUCUUUACUGACUCGCUGGGACGAUCACACGGAGGCUCACGGAAAGCUCAAACGUUGGUUGGAAGAGACCGAGAAGAGCAUGCAGGAUUUACCAGACACCAAAGGAGAAUUCGGCGAUAUGAAGACACUGCUGGAGCGUUAUAAACAUAUUCAGGAAGAAGUCCGCGGGAAGAAGUCAGAAUUGGACCACCUGAUGGAAGAAGCGGAGGAGUUAUCGAAGUUGGCGAAGAAGAACACACCUCUGGAGCAGACGAGAGAGCUGUUGAAACGCUGGCAGAGUCUGAGUAGCACAGUCGACGAAGGAAAGAAGUUGAUAGAGAACGAGAUGCAAGAGUACAACGCUUACCACGCAGCUCUUCAAGAAACUGAAAAGUGGCUGUUACAAAUAUCCUUCCAACUGAUGGCUCACAACUCGCUGUACAUCACCAACAAAGAACAAACAGUCUCUCAAAUACAACAACACGAGAAUUUGUUAGUCGAUAUCGAGAACUACACCAGCGUGCUAGACGACCUGAAGCUGAAAGGAAACGGACAGAUAACUCGUUACGUCGCCGCGAACCCAGAAAUAAAAGUCACCAUCGAAACCCAGCUGCAGAAUGUCCAGGAAAGCUACAACUCGCUGUUGAACACCGCGUUGCAGAUCAAGAAACGAUUGGCGGAGUCCCUGGUCAAGUUCCAGGAGUACGAGAACACUUUGGAGAGCAUCAUGAAGAAUCUGGACGCCUAUGAACCUGAAAUCGCCCAGGAAAUGGAGGCGCCUUUGGAAACCCUCGAAAUGGCGAAGCAGCGUUUCGAAAUUGCCCGGACCUUGCAUAAUAAGCUACAGGGCGAAAAGACGCGGUUGGCGUUGGCUGUAGAGGCUUGUGAGGCUGCGGUCGCUUGUGUAUCGAGACCUGGAAGCCCUCUGGACGCUCCGGCUGUGCAGAUACCUGCGAGGGAGGUGGAGGUUCGGAAUAAACUUGAGGAGCUGAUUGAUCAGGCGCAAGGACAUCUCAUGAACGUAACGAAGACCCUAAACGAACUCGAAGAGCAGACCCGCCAGAAGAACGCUCUCCGAGCCUGGAUAAACCAGCAACGAGCUCUCUGCGCCGAAUGGAAGUCUCGUCCCGCAAAAUUGCGAUCCGAAGCUGCACACGCAGAACUGCAAGCAAUGAACGAUCUCCUAAGUAACGUUGGUGAACGCAGAACACACGCGAUGACAGAACUAGCGAUUCACGAAGACGACCACGACAUCGAGGAAGGUUUGAACAAACUCGAAGCAGAACUGACCGAUGCGAUUGCCGGAAAGCAGGCUGCUCAAGAUUUGAUACAGAAGUAUCGAUCGCAAGUGCAGAACGUUCAGUCCUGGUUGGACGCGUUGUCCAAGAAGGUGGACGUGAUCGAGAAGGGCAAUGGACAGACGAUUGGACAGAAAAUAGCGAAUGUGAAGGAGAUUACUGCUGAGUUUGAGUCUCAGGGACCUGGGAAGUUGAACGAAGUGAAGAGUCUGGGUGAUCAGGUGAUGGACUCUGUGAGCAAUUUGGAUUCGCAGCAAAUUGAGGAGCAGAUUAAGUCGGUGGAGAGAAGAUAUGCUGAUAUUGCCAAGAAGCUGCAGAGGAAGGCUCAGGUGCUGGACAUGACUGCUCAAGGUAUUGAAGCGACGAGGCAGGAGAUUGAAGAGAACCGGGACUGGAUACAACAGAAGAAGGAGCAGAUUCAGUUGUCGGAGCCGGUGGGAUUCGACAGCAAACAGGCUGAAGAGAGACUUCUUGCUCUGAAGGCUAUGCUGAAAGAAGCUGAAGGAAAGCAGAUGGUGAUCGACACUCUAGAGAAGCGCGUCGGCAACAUGCAGAACGAGUUAGAAACCAACGAACAGCAGCAACUAGAAAACGAUACCAAAGCACUCCGAGGAGAGCAAGCACAACUCUGCACCCUCUUAACCGAAGGAAUAUCCACCGCCACCGCAGCAGCCGACGCUCGUCGCAAGUUCGAGGCCGAUCUAGAACGCGCAAGAGCGUGGAUCAAGUCUAAGAGCAACAACUUGAAGAAACUCAGCGGUUAUCUGCCACUCAAGGCUGCCAAAGUGGAACAAGACAUUGUGCAGCACAACGAACUGGAAACUGACAUUGCGUCUUUCAACGAGAAGGAUCUGAACGAUAUCUUGAAACAUGGGCAUAAUUUAUUGAAGGAAUGCAACGAGGAGGAUCGUGCUAAACUGGAAGGUGUCCUGGACGAGUUGAGUAAAGAUUAUGAUGAGUUGAAGAGCGAGGCUCGGGAGAAGCAGGCGGCGUUGGCGGAUCUUCUUCAGGGGCGGAAAGCGUUCGAGAGUGAAAUUGACAAGGCUCAGAGGUGGAUUAAUGAAGCUGAGGUGGCUACCUCCUCGGAUUUACGGACUUCGAGCAUCGAUAUUCUGCGGGAACAACUUGCUAAGUACGAUCGCCUGAAGAAGGAAGCCAAAGACUACGCAGACGACAUCGAAAAGAUUCUCCAGCAAGGAAAAUCCAUCCUACCGACAGUGAGCGACGCCGACAAGCUCGAAUUAAACGAGCAGCUCCAGAACAUGAAGGAAGCGCACGCAAAAGUAGCUGGAAUCAUAAACGAAAGAGCAGUAGCUCUCCAGAAGAGCAUCGACGAAGCCGAAGAAUCGCUAGCACGAGUCGCGGAGGCAGUGCAAUACAUGACGGACGUACAGAAAGAACUUCACGAACUUAACAAACCAAUCGGUGCUCGCGUCGAGGAUGUGGAAGCCAUGUUAGACGCUUACGAGAGGAUCCUGAACGACCUCAAAGAGAACAAGGCAAAGUUGUCCGAUUUGCAGUCGGUCAACGUUGCUGAUCUCCACGGUGUGCUGACUCAACAGGACGAUCUCAUAAAGGCUAUCGAGUCGCAGAUAGCCAAACUUCGUCAACUGCUUCUGUUACGGCAGCAGUUUAUUGCUUUGAUCACGGAAAUUACUACCUUCAUCGCUAAGUACACGGAAAUUGUUAGGGACAUUGAGAACUCGGGGCAGACUAUUGAGGAGAAGAUCAAAAGAUACGACGACGCGAUCCUCAAGAUCCAAGAAUGCGAAGCCACCCUCGCCAGCGCGACGGACAAAGGCCAGCAAAUCGCCGCCGAAGGUUCAACCGCCGACCGAAACAACAUAACAGAGCAACUGCAAUCCCUAAAACAACAACUUCAGGGUCUAAGAAGAGCAGUAGAGACCCAAAGAGAGCAACACGAGCUGGCAGCAGCCGAGCACAAGAGACUCGCGAACGAAUUGGCUGAGAUUCUCAAUUGGUUGGAGGACAAAGAGAAAGAAGUGAAAUCCAGGCCUCUUCUAGAAAGAGAUCCAACGAGCGUCGAGGCGGAGCUGAAGAAGCACAACGAGCUUUGCGAGGCUGUCAAUGAACAUCUAGAUAGAAUCAGAAACGUGAAGAACUCUGUGCCUUACGAAGAAGGGAUGCCUGGUUCGUUGAAGGAGAUGCUCAGCGAGGCGGUGUCGCUGCUCACGUCCUUGCCUAGGGAAAUGGAGGAACGGGGGAAUUAUUUGGAAAGUAAUAUGAAGUUACGACAAGAGUAUGCUGCGUUGACUGAUAAACUUCGUAGCUGGGUUCGCGAGGCGGAGAUAAGGCUGGAAAGUGACAAGGAUGGUCUCGAUUUUGAGAACAUUCUUAGCGAUCUUGAGGAACAUAAGAUUUACUUCAGCAGCGAGCCCUCCAUACGCGAGUUAGUGUCCCAACAGAUCCAGCAAGCGGCCGACAAGAUCUGGCCAUCCCUGAACACCUCCGAGCAAGAAGAGCUAAGCGCGGAGCAGCAACAGCACACACAGUUGCUAAAGAACACCUUAAACACAGCUAAAUCGCAUCGUGCGAGACUGGAACAAGGCGCUGAGACCUGGAAGGAUUACACGCAAACUUUGGAGCGUGUUCGAGCUGUCAUCGCGAGAACGAGAUUCACUGACGAGCCUGUCACGACAUUGGCUGGAUUGCAGUUCAACAUUCAGAAGAUCACGCAUGCUCUUAAUGACAUACAGAACCAACAAUUUGAAUUGGAUCUUCUGAACGAACGCAGUCGCGAGGUGCUUCGAUUGGCGGAUGAGAAUAACAAGAAGACGAUUGAAGAGCAGAUAGCUGAGAUCAGUUCUGAAUGGAAAGAAUUGGUAUCUGGGUUGGAAGGUCGCAGAGAUGCGCUCGAAGCGUUGUCGAAGCACUGGGAAGAUUUGGAAGCACAGUGGUCUCUUAUCGAGACUCGGUUGAACGCCAUCGAAGAGAAGAGCAAACUUUUGGAUACUGUGAUUCGGUCAAAACAGAGCUUGCUCGAUUCCAUCAAAGCUCUACGUGAACUAGUGACAGAAGCAGAGAAGUUGAAACCCAUGACAGAGGAGGUAAAAGCUCUGACAGGCCCCGUUCUUGCAUACCUCGCAGCUUUCACUGAGGCUGCAGCACAUGCCCUAGAAGAAAAGCUGAACAAAUUGCAGAAUUCCGUCGAAUCGCUGGUCGACUCUCUGCAGAAGAAAUCGAAGAAGGCGGACGAGGACUUGGAGGCGUUCGAGAGCACCGAGCGUGAGAUCGAGAACCUGAGGAAACGUCUGAACGAGGCGCGCGAACGCGCCUCGAGCUUGUACAUAUACGGGCCGAAUCAGGACGCGACCGAGGAGGAACUGGAGGAGUUAGCCUCGAGGGUCGAGCAGGUCCUCGACGAAGCGAAGAAAUUCUCAGGAAGCACUAAGGCGCGGUACCAAGCUAGCCAGCAGCUGGUCCCCAGCGAUCUUGCUCAACAUUUGACAGCUUUGGAGCUCUGCGCCGAAGCGACGGCUCAAGCGAUGGAGGAGAAACAGAGGGAUCAAAAACGUGCCAGAACCGUCAGGUCGGAUUAUCUGACCGACCUGGACGAGGUUCAGGCGUGGAUAAGGCAGGCGGAACUAAAGGUUCAGGACAGAUCGAUCGAGCCGAUCCCUCUGAAGGAGCAAUUGAAGCAGGUGCAAGACGAGCUGGGCACCAUCAGCGACAAGCUCGAACGACUAACGAGAAAUGGCCGCACCAUCGGCGAGAACACGAGAGACGAGACCGAGAAACAAUUAAUCGACAGCACCGUUCACAAUGUUACCGAACAGUUGAACCAAGUGCGAACGUGGCUGGAUGACAGGAAACAGGUCGUGGCUGAUACUAUCGACGCUUGGCAGAGAUUCUUGACGUUGUACGAAGCGGUGAAGACGUGGACCGAAGAGAAGAGACAGUUCCUAGUUGAGCCCUUGAAGCUCAGCACCCUUGUGCAGGCCAGGCAGAGGCUGCACGAGUACUCGACAGCCGUAAAGAGCUGCAAACAAAUAAACAAGAAUCUCAGCGACAUGGGAAAAGAGCUCGAAAGUAUCGGUCAGGUAUGCAACGUGGGCGACUUGCCCGAGAAAUUGUUGGAAGCCGAAGAAGCGAAGGUUCAAGUGGAGGGUCAACUAUUAGAAAGGAACGCGCUGCUGCAAGAAACUAGCGAGGAAUGGGAGCAAUGCGAACGAAAAUUAAAAGAAGCGAGAACGUGGAUCGAGAAAGCGAAACAAAGUCUCGAGUCGCAGCAGAAUAAAAAGAAACCGUUGAGGGAUCAGCACAGUAUGCGGGAGAAAAUGCUUAGCGAUAUAGCGAUACAGAAAACGAAAAUCACAAUAUCGAUGGAGAAGCUACAGGUUCACUUCCGAUCGGGUAUCGGUGGUGAUAGCCGAAUCGGCGAGACGGUAGACGAAUUAUUGGCCGAGUUAGACAACCUUAAUACCACCGUGAAAGAACAGACGACAUCGUUAGAGGCUUGUUUAGCGCAGAUCGAUCAAUAUCAACAGGAGAUACAACAGUUGAGGCAACAGAUUAUGCAGGUGGAGCAGCAACUGAGGACAGUGUUGAGCCCGACAUACCUGUCCAGCGACAAGGAGAAAGCUUUACAGGAGCAACAGCAGAGCCUGCAGCAAAGGAUGGAGGAUUGGAGGCAACGAAGCAAGAUACUCCUGGAUCAGAUAUACACCGUGGACCCGUACUAUGUACAGACGAAUGAGACCAGGAUGAUCAAUCAAGUCUCGUACGCGGACAUCGCAGCGGGUCGUACCAGUCCGAGUUCCAGGGGUUCUAGUCCCUUCAGAAACCCUAGGGACGAGACUACGACCCCUCUGUCUAUUCAAGUCUUGCGACCGACCGCCCAAUUAUCGACCCAGAAACCGGUUGUCCGCGAUAAUUCGCCGUCUCGAGUGGCCAAAGAAGAACGACCUAAGGUCGAAGAAUCGGUUGAACCCGAAGCGAAGACGGCUCAUCAAUCCAAGGUCGACUCCGUGGAGCCCAAGUACAGAGCUCAGAGUAGAAAAGGCACCUUCGUCAGGAAAGAAGCCGAAGUGGUCAAAGAGACGACACCCGAGAACGUCGAGUCUCCCAGAUCGGUGAAGAGAGAACCACUAUCGCUCAAGAACACCUUGGCACCCAAAGAAGAGAGGAGAGGCAGGUCCGCCAGCCCCAUCUGGGUACCUGGAUCCACCUCCUACGCGGACAUUCUUCGUGGAAGCAGGCAGACGUCCAGAAGCCCUUCGGUGGAGAUCGGCAAGGACACUCGAUCCAUCAAAGACACUCUACCCGACAGCUCGGAAGUUGAGAAGGUUGAACUGAAGGUUCCUCGAGUCGAAGUGGAGGAACGAACAGAAGAAGUCGAGGAACCGAGUCCAGUAGAGAGUUAUCAGGAACCUGAAGUUGUCCCUGAAGCGACUUCCGAGAAAGUUGAGACCAAGACCAGCUGGGCGGACGAGACCAUGGAGGAUUAUGUACUGAUGAACGAGACCAGCUACGAGAACGUGGCUAGGCCUCCGCAAGUUCCGGAGAUGUACAAUUACAUCCACCCACCUAUACCGGAACUGGUGGGCUUCAUAGGCUCCCAGAUAGCGUACCCGGUCAGCUCGUACGUGUACAUGCCAGCCGCGCCUCAGCAAAUCGCGUUGUCCCACUAUCCGGAGAGCCAGAUAGCCUUUCCUCAGGAGCACUUCGUUCAGCCUAGUUACGUACCGGAAACGGAGAUCUAUCAGCAAACUCAGUUCCCCAAACAGAGGCAUCCGCCCAAGUUCAAGAAUCCGGCUAAGUCUCCGGUAACGGAGAACAUUGAAGAGAAGAGUUUACCUCAGCCACCGCCGGGUUUGGAGGUUCCUGUUCAGCCGGAAGCUGAACCUGAAAAGCCAGAACCGGAACAACCUGUGGCUGACACGGUUAAACAAAAGACGCCACCUAGCGAGAGCAAGACGUUCUCGUAUGCUCAAAUCUUGUCUCAAGGACUGAGUUCUCGAACUCCUAUAACCAGUUCCUAUUCUUCGACGACGACUAGUCUGACGAGGCAGGUGAAAGAACGGUCGGACUCGCCGGCUACUUCGACGUCUUCGGUGCAUGAACAGAGUCCUCUUCAGGACGCGAGACAGGUGAGGGAAUCUUCGAUAACUAAACAGGAGAAGGAAGAGUGGGAUACUACGAAGAAACGAGAAGGGAGGAAGACACAUCAGGAUGCACCGAAGUCGAGGAUUCCUGAGAAGAGAGCUCGCAGAACACCUGAAUUGGCUAAGGAAAAACUGCAGAAGGCUAAAGGUAAUGUUGAACAGAAGCAAACACUUGAGACGAAGAGCAGAGAAACUUCUGUGGAAGGUUCACUAACGGAGAAGAGUGGAGUGGAAGUUAGGAAGGAGAAGCAAACUGUUGAAGAGAAGGAGGAUAAACAGGAAAAAUCGGAAGAGAAGGCUCAGCAAAAAUCUCAGGAGAAGAAGCGAAAGCCGAAGAAGAAGAAAAUGGAGAAAACGGUGGACGAUGAGAUUGAGAAGGCUCUGAAGGAGAUUGAAGACAUGGACAAACAGAAGAAGAGUCAAAGAGACAAGUCGAAAGAGGUCAGGGCUAAAGAUACCACACCGGAGAAGCCUAAAGAAGAAAGCGAGAAGAAGAAUGCGAAGAGCGGCGAGAAAAAGAAGAAACCGAAGGCUAAGGAUGAGUCAAUUGCUGACACUUCGGUGACUCAGUCUAAAGAGCAGAUGAAAAAAGACGAUAAGGAAAGAGACGUAAAGGAAAGCAGAGAUUCGGAGAAGAAGAAGGAUGACGUCAAGCCUAAAGAAGUCGUGAAAGGCGAAGUUCGAAAGACUGAGUCCGAAAAUAUUGACACGAAAUCAGAAUUAAAGGAAAUCGAAGUGAAGAAGAGUGAAGCUAAAGAAGAGAAGAAGGAACCUUCGAAGAAGAAACAGAAAGGCAAAGCUAAAGACGCGAAAGCUGAAAGCGAUUUUGAACAGAUUAAAAAGUCUGAGGAUAAAGUGAAGGAGACAGUGGCUAUUAAUAACGCUAGAAACAUACAGGAACGGGAAGAAAAGAAAGUGGAUGAAAUAAUUGAAAAAGCUAGUGAACCCAGAGCACCGAAAGAUCAGGAUAAAUCUAAAGAUGUCGCGAAGGAGAAUGCAAAAGGUAAAAGCAAAAAGAAAGAGCCUAAGAAGCCUCAAGAAAAAGAUAGCGAAGAGAAGAAAAUAGAAUUGAAAUCCGAGGAAGCAGUGAAAGACAAUAAAGAAGAAUUGAAGACAGAGGUUGAAAAGGUACAGAAAGAGAAUAAAGGCAAGAAAGGAAAGAAGGGUGAUGAAGCGAGGAGAGGUCAGAAGAAAGAUGAAGGCAAGUCUGAGGUUGAAUCAAGAGACAUUGAAGAAGAAAAAGCUGUGAUGAGUGCACUGGAUCGUGCAAUAGAAUCUGGAGUAGAAAAGAGCGAAGUUAGUGCGAUCAAAUCAGAAGUGCCAAUCCAAAAGGCAGAAAAAGAGGAAUUGAAUAAGAAAUCGGUGAAGGAGGACGCUAAGAAAACUGAGGCAGAGAAGCAAACUAAAACGAAGGAUAAGAAGAAGUCUAAGAAAGAUUCUGAGACUAGUCAGAAGACUCCUGAAACGAAACAAGUUCCUAAGGAAGAUAAAGUUGAAGAGAAAAUAACUGAAGAAAAACGUACUGCCACUACUACAGAACAGACAGUUGAAGAAACGAAGGAGAGCUCGAAACCAGAGCCUGUGAUGCCAGAAAAGGAUCAGUCAGAAAAGAAGAAGAAGAAAAAUAAGAAAUCCAAAUCACCGAUGAAAGAAAAGAAGGAAGAAACCUUGAAACCUGAGAAUGAAGAAUUAAAGAAGAAGGAGGUAGAACCGAUAGUCAAAUUGGAAGAUACAGUUGCUGAAGACAAACAAGUAACUGUAAAUGAAGAGAAGAAAGAAGUUGAUGUAGUUCAAGUUGAAGAACAGAUGAAGACAAUGUCUGUAUGUGAACGAAAAACUGAAGAGAUUAAAAAGGAGACAUUUGCAGAAGAUGUAAUUAGGAGUAAGGAAGAUAAACCUUCUGACAUUGAAGUUAGUGAAGUCAUUGACUCUGCUAUUCUUCCUGAAGUUCCAAAGGCAGAGACAUCUCUGAAAGAAGACAUAGAUCAAGCACCGAAAUCUCCUAAAGUGAAGAAACCAGGAAAAUCGAAGGAAAAAGAUAUUUCUGAAGUUGAACCUAAAGAGGAAACCAAACCCAGUCAACCAGGUACACCGAAGGACAAGAAGAAGAAGAAGAAACAAGAGAAAAACGUAACUGAAGAAAAGACUGUUGAUCAAAAGCUUGACACUCAAACUGAAUCAGUGAAAGAGAUCAAACCUGAAGCUGAAGAAGUUAUUAAAGAAAUUACAAUUGAAGAAAUACCACCGCCAUCAGCAGUCCAAAGUCCAAAAGCUGAAGAAGAAACGGGUGCUAUCGAGAUUAUCAGUGAACGCAAAUCUCAGCCACCAGAGACGAUUGAAAAAUUAACUAAAGAAGAAGAAAUGAACGAAUCAAAGGGUUCAGAGUCGACUUCGCUCGAUUCGACGACAGGCAAAGCAUUGAUCAUCGAGAAGACGAUCACGACAGUGACGACGACUACCAGCAUCCCCGGCUCUGUCGCAGUGAAACCACCCGGUGUGAAAUCCGUGAAAUCCGUAGAGAUCUUAGAAAGCAUCCCCUUACCCAAGAUCGUAGGCUCCAAACCCACCGAACUAAUCACCCUGCGUCCCGAAACAGUAGAGGCUAGCCUAACCACCAGAUAUGCUAGGGUCGCGGACGAUUCAGUUGGUAUUCCUCCGAAAGAGUCGUUAGACACGUUAGCGGAAUCGAGUCAGAAUUACGCGAUCUAUAUCGACAGCUUGACCGGCGAUGAGCCAAUUCUGUUUGGUAGCGUUCAGGAUAGGAGAAGGGGUCGUUCCGGCACCCCCUUGUCGCCUAGAUCGGUAGGAAAGAGUGAACAGGAUUUCGGUGCUUUUGAGCAGGCUAAAUCGAACGAAAUGGAGGGUAGGGAAUUAAAAUCUGGAGAUUCGCAGGGUAAAAUAGGGGAAAUGAGAGACACAAGCGAUGUUGCGUCAAGUGUUGAGUUAGUUAAAGAUAUGGAAACAAAGGUUGACAGUAAGUUGGAAUCUAAGGUUGAAGCUAAAGGUGUGGUGAUUGAUAAGGUUAGUGAAGAAAUAAAAACUGAACUAACUCUCACAGAGAUUCAAGAAGGUAAAAUGGAUACUGUACCUAAAGAAGUAAGUGUUUCUGAAGUGGUUGAAGAAGUGAAGAAAGAAUUACCUACAACUGAAGAUAAAGUAUCCACUGAUCAGAAAGAACUUGCAAAAGUUAAAGUGGAUAAACCUAUCAAGGAAACUGUAUCCAUUGCUCAGAUAUCAGUUGAAGAAAAGAAGAAAAGAGAAGAACCUACAACUGAAGAUAAAGUACCCACUGUUGAGAAAGAACUUGUAAAAGUGGAUGAACCUAAAAAAGAAGAAAUUGUAUUCACAGCUCAGAUACCAGUUCAAAAAAAGAAGAAAACAGAAGUACCUACAACUGAAGAUAAAGUACACACUGUUCAGAAAGAACUUGUAAAAGUGGAUGAACCUAAAAAAGAAGAAAUUGUAUUCACAGCUCAGAUACCAGUUGAAGAAAAGAAGAAAACCGAAUUACCCAAAAGUGACAAUAAACUCAGUACUGAAAUUCAGACACAACUUUCAGAAUUAAAAAUCGAUAAACCUAAAGAAGAAGGAACUGAAGCGAAGAAAACAGAAGUUGUUAAGGAAGAAGUGAAGAAAACAGAAAUUAAAGUGUCUGAAAGUCUUCCAGAAGUUAAAGAUUCUGAAGCAAAAAUGCAAGACGUUACUUCUUACUACACAGACCUUGUGAAGCCAUAUUGGACCAACUACCACAACUACGUAGAAGCUGAGAAUAAUUUCUAUCAACGUUUCAAAGUAAUGAAGGUAGUAGAAGAAAAUGUGCCACGGUCUCCGCCUCCAAAAGCGGAGAGCAUCGAGAGAAUUGUGCAGGAAUCGAUCAUGAAGAAACCAGAAAAGGAAGAAGUGAGUGAGUCGGAUGCUGAAUGUAGGAAACGUGCAUUCAUUGCUGAAUCUGUGAAGUACCCUGUUUGCACGUUCUAUGAGCUGGAAAGUGAAUGGGUGAAGUCUAAACAGCGACAGGAGAUUGUGUCUACUUCUUCUGAGGAAUCUAACACUAUCACUGUUAUCGAAGUUGAGAAAGUGCAGGAAGAGAAACCUGUAGACAAAGUUGAAGUUGCUGAGAUAACUGAGAUACGGGUUAAUGUUGAUCAAGACUUGAUUGAUGUUACUCUGAAGACGGAGGAAUUAAAAGAUCAAAUAGAGAAACCUGUAAUCGAAGAAGUUAUUGAUGAUAAAGUAAGUGAGCAUAAAGAAACUAAGAGUGAAGAAAUUAAGAGUGAAACUAUUGUUGAUGUGAAAGAUGAGACAGUGAAAGAAGUUGUGGAGACAGUGAAAGAAGAGAAAGGGAAAGGAAAGAAGAAAGCAAAUGCUCAAAAGAAAAUUGAAGAAAAGGAAGCAGAGACAGGCAAGACGCCUGAGAAACAGAAAGAUGAGAAGCAAGAUGUUGCAAUUGUUCAGAGCACAAAUUUAGAACAAAAUAUAGAACAACUGGGCAUUGAAAUAGAUCAAAGUGUUCCCGAACAAACAGAAAUUGCUCAAGAAGAUAAAGCAAUUGCAAAGCUUGUAGAAGAAUCCCCGAAGGAAGAAAUGAAAUCUACGAGUGAAUUAGCUGACAUACAGCAAGUAAUAGAAGAAAAGACGAAGAUAGAAGAGGUGAUUGAAAGUGAAAGUGUAACUGAACAAAAGAUGGAAAAAAAGAAAACUUCCAAAGAGUCUAAGAAGAAGGUUAAGACGGAAGAGAAUCCUUCACAGCAAGAAACUUUAAUUGAAACUACAGAAACAUUGAUGAAUGGUAAAGUGACUGAGAAAAUCGAGGAUAAAACACCAGAGAUAUUGAAAGAGGAGAACCAACCUUUAGACAAGUCUAAAGAUGCAAAGGGUAAAUCUAAAAAGCAAAAGCAGAAAGAAAAGAUUGAUGCAAAGAAGAAACAAGAAGAGAAGGUAAAGAAAGAGGAAGAUAUAGUUUCUGAAGAAACAACAGAUGUUGCAACAGAAGAAAAUAAAAAAGAAGAGAGUCAACCGGAAAUGAAGGACAAAGAAACUAGUGAUACAAUCACUGUUACUGAAGAAAGGCAAACUGCGACAGCUCAGGAAUCUUUGAUGGCAGCUUUGACAGUCGGAACAGUAGAACAAACAGCUGAAACUGCGAUUGAAGAACCUCAAAGUUUGCCAGUGCAGCAGAAACCUACGAAACAGCAAAAGAAGAAAGAUGCUAAACGAGAAAAGAGCAACAUCGAAAUUAAAUCUGAAACUGAGAUUGAUAAGGAAGAGAAACCUGAAAAGUCUGAGGAAUUAGUUGAGGAAAAUAAAAUUACUGAGGAGACUCAGAGCACAUCAGCUCAGAAAACGAAACAACAAAAAAGGAAAGAUGCCAAGCAAAAGAAAGGUGGCACUGAAUCGAAAGCUCUUCCGGAAACUGAAGUAGACAAGGAAAAAACAGUGGAAAAAGCAAUUGAAAAAUCUAAGGAAACUGCUGAAGAAAGUAAGAAAGCAGAAGAGCCUCAAAGUGCAUCAGAUGAAAAGAAAAUGGAACAAAAGGAGGAAGAUAAGAGUGAGGAAAGCAACAUUGAAUUGAAAGCAUCUGUUGACACUGAAAUAGAUAAGGCAGAGACAAAAGCUGAAGAAUUAUCUGAAGACAGUAAGAAAAUUACACUUGAAAAACCACAAAGUUUACCGACAAAACAACAGAAGAAAAAAGACCAAAAGAAGAAAGAUGUGAAGCAAGAAAAAGGUGAUGAAGUGAAACCUCUUCUUGAAGCUGAGGUCGAUAAAGAAAAGACAGAAGCUGAAGAAAAUAAGAAAAUGGAAGUUGAACCUCAGAGUCCAUCAAAGCAAAAACCAUCUAAACAGCAAAAGAAGAAAGAUGCAAAGCAAGAGAAAGGUGAUACGGAAUUGAAAGAUGUUCUGGUAGAAACUGAAGUCGAUAAGGAGAAGACAAAAGCUGAAGAACUGUCUGAAGACAGUAAGAAAAUUACAGUUGAAGAAGCACACAGUUCACUGACGAAACAACAGAAAAAGAAAGAACAAAAGAAAAAAGAUGCAAAGCAAGAUAAGAGUGAAGUGGAACCUAAGCCUUCUCCCCUUGAAGCUGAGGUCGAUAAAGAGAAGACAAAGACAGAAGAAAUGUCUGAAGAAAGUAAGGACAUUACUGAAGAACUUCAGAGUCCAUCAGUGCAACAAAAACCGAUGAAACAACAAAAGAAGAAAGAUGCAAAGCAAGAUAAGAGUGCUAUGGAAUUGAAACUUUCUCUUCCUGAAACUGAAAUUGAAAAAGAAGAAACAAAAUCUGAGAAAUCUGAAGAAUCUCCUGAAGAGAGUAAGAAAGUAACACCUGAAGAACCUCAAAGUCCAUCAGUGCAGCAAAAACCAACGAAGCAACAAAAGAAGAAAGAUGCAAAGACAGAGAAAGGUGUUGAAUUGAAACUUUCUCUUCCUGAAACUGAAAUUGAAAAAGAAGAGACAAAAUCUGAGAAAUAUGAAGGAUCUCCUGAGGAAAGUAAGAAAGUAACACCUGAAGAACCUCAGAGUCCAUCAACUCAGCAAAAAACGAAGCAACAAAAGAAGAAAGAUAAGAAACAAGACAAAGGUGCUUUGGAAUCAAAAUCUUUACUUCCUGAAGUUGAAGUUGAUAAAGAAAAGAAACCAGAAAAGUUUGAACAUGAAGAAAGCGAUAAAGUUACUGAAGAACCUCAGAGUCCAUCGACGCAACAAAAGUCAAAACAACAGAAGAAGAAGGAUGCUAAACAAGAGAAACCCAAUAUUGAAGUAAAAGCUUCUGUAGCUGAAACUGAAAUUAGUGAAGAAAAGUCAAAGCCUGAGAAAUCUGAAGAAUUACCUGAAGAAAGUAAUAAAGUUGCUGAAGAACCACAGAGUCCAUCGACGCAACAAAAAUCAAAGAAACAGAAGAAGAAAGAUGCUAAACAAGAAAAAUCCAACAUCGAGUUGAAAGCUUCUCCUCCUGAAGCUGAAGCUGGUGAAGAAAAAUCAAAACCUGAGAAAUCUGAUGAAUUACCUGAAGAAAGCAAAGUUGCUGAGGAACCUCAGAGUCCAUCAACGCAACAAAAACCGACGAAACAACAAAAGAAGAAGGAUAAACCAGAGAAACCCAAUAUCGAGGUAAAAACUUCUCCUCCUGAAACUGAAACUGGUGAAGAAAAAUCGAAACCUGAGAAAUCUGAAGAAUUACCUGAAGAAAGCAAAGUUGCUGAGGAACCUCAGAGUCCAUCAACGCAACAAAAACCGACGAAACAACAAAAGAAGAAGGAUAAACCAGAGAAACCCAAUAUCGAGGUAAAAACUUCUCCUCCUGAAACUGAAACUGGUGAAGAAAAAUCGAAACCUGAGAAAUCUGAAGAAUUACCUGAAGAAAGCAAAGUUACUGAGGAACCUCAGAGUCCAUCAACGCAACAAAAGCCGACGAAACAACAAAAGAAAAAAGAUACCAAACAAGAUAAAUUCACCGCCGAGUUGAAAGCUCCUCCUGAAACGGAGACUAGCGAAGAAAAAUCAAAACCUGAGAAACCUGAGAAACCUGAAGAAUUACCUGAAGAAUUACCUGAAGAAAGCAAAGUUGUUGAGGAGCCUCAAAGUCCACAAAAACCGAAGCAGCAAAAGAAGAAAGACAAGCAAGAGAAACACAGCACUGAAUCAAAAACAGUUGAAACUGAAAUCGACAAAGAUAAAUCAAAAUCUGAGAAAUAUGAAGAGAACAAAUUUUCGUACGCUCAGGUAGCAGCUUCUGCUCGAAGAGCAUCUCCAAAUCAAGAAGACAUUACCCUAAUGAAACCAAUUCCUUUGAAGUUUGAUCAGAACUUGGAGAAAGUAAGCGAAGACAGCAAAGUUGCAGAAGAAGAAGUUUCAAUUGCACCAAAAGUGGAAGAAUCUAAGCCUGAAGAAAUAACAGUAGAUGUAAAAUCUGAUAAGACAACUAUUGAGAAGGAUACGUUUAAAAUAGAAUCAACUUCAUGGGUAGAAGAAAUAGAAAAAGAAGCUCUGGAGGAUGAUACAAAGUCUUCGACUCCAGACACACCGCAAAUUAAAGGUUCGUGGGCUUCCAUAGUUGGCAAACCAACAGAAUCUACUCCAUCCACUCCAGAAAAAAUUGUGAAGAUCGAAGAAACUUCUGAACGUCGCUCGCCUCCUCAGGUGCAGAUUCACGUCGAAGAGGCUCCAGAACCUGUACCGAUCGAGGAAGUUGUUCAAGUCGAUGAACAAGGAUUCAUGGAGUUCGUGAAUCGACGAGAACUUCGAUCCAGGAGAUCUAGAUCGAGAUCUCGAAGCAACCGAAGAGAUGACAGAUCGAAACAGGUUCCUGAUGCGAGUCCUGAUAAACUUUUGAGCGAAGAACGGAAGGAGGAUCAGAAGAAAAAGGAGUCUGGAAAGAAAGAGGGGAAGAAGGGAAAGAAAGGUAAAACAGAGGAAAAUAUUGAUCAGAGUAAAAUUGAGAAGGAAAAGAGCGACGUUAAAGAAAAAGUGGAAGAGUCAACCAGAGUGAAUCAGUCGACCAGUGAACAGAAGAGUCAACCAGAGAAGAAAGAAACGAAGAGCAAAGGUAAAUCGAAGACGAAAGAUACUCAGGAAAGCAAGAAGGAGGAUGUGCAACAACUUGGAAAAGAUAAACCAGAAGAAGAAAUACAAACUGAAGACAAGAUUCUGGAAGAUAAACCUGUGGAUGAAAAGAAGAAUAUAGAACAGACAAAAACUGAAAUGAAAGAGCAACCUACCAAGAAAAGUAAAAAGUCAAAGAAAGGAAAGUCUGAUAAGACACAAAGUAAAGAAGAAGGCGAAAAAGAUCAAGUGAAAACUGAUACAAAGAUGCAAGGUGAAGAUACGGAGAAAACGGAGGAAGUUAAAGAACCUGCCACAAAAACUGACGUUGAAGGUAAACCUGAAUCUGAUGAAAAAUUGCAGGCACAGAAAGCAACAACGAAACGUAAAGGAAAAUCUAAAGAUAGAAAAGAACCUUUACCAGAAAAAGUAACGCCAGCUGAAGAAAAAGUGAAGGAAGUUUCAGUCAAAGAAGAAUUGGUACAAGAAGUAAGUCAACAACCUGUUGAACUUAAAUUGGAUGUUGCAGAAAUUAAGGAUCAGGUUGAAAUGCCUAAAGAAGAGAAAGUAAAAGAAGAAGCCAUUUCUUCAGAGACAGUAGAAGAAAAAACGGACAGCGAGGUACCGAAAGAGGAAAAAGAAGAAGAGAAGUCCAAACUCUCAUCUCGAGAAAAGAAGAAACGAAAGAAGAAGGACAAAUCACGUGCCUCGACUGAAGAAAGGCAAAAGGAAGAAAAAUCAGAAACUGAUGCUGCAGAGAGCAUUAAAAUAGAAGAACCAGAAGUAAAACCUGUCAAACCAGAAGAAAAGCCACCAAAAGUUACUGAACCAAAACAAAAGAAAGAAGUGAAGGAAGAAAAGAAACCAGCAAUAAAAGUUGCUGAAGUAAUCGUUGAUGAAAUAAAACUCGCUCCUGAAACGAUGCCCAAAGUGAUUCCUAAAGACAGGUCAAAAUCGCCUAAAGGAGAGAUACCUUUCGAGGAAAAUAUAGAAGCGGCGAAGUUAACUGAAGAGAUAUUAAAAACGUUGACGGAUACGGUGAAGAAAUAUGUGAAAGACGAAGAACCUGAUUCGAAAGAGAAAUCGAAACGGAAGAAUAAGCAGGGAAAGAAAGGUAAACGCGAAGAGCAAGAGAAGGGUGAAGAAAUUCACUUGCCAGAGGGUGAAAAUAUAACUGUUACUGAAGAAACUAUAAAACAAGAAGUGACUGAAGAAAGUGAUGGAGCAAUUAAAGAGAUGAAAAUUGAAGAUACUUCAGCAGGUGUAUUGCAGACUGAUCUUGAAAAGAAAGUAUCAGUUUCGCAAAAAGUUGAAGAAGCUACUAAAACUUUACCUGAAGAAAAGAAAGAACAGAAAGCUGAAGAAACACCUAUAGUUUUGCCUAUGAAAAAGAAGGCUGUACAGAAAGUUGAAGUACCUCAAAUUUUGUCUGAGGCUUUUCAGAAAAUUGACAAAAUUACUUCUGAAAUUCUAUCUAUAGUUUCACUGAAAACUGAAGAAACUUCCACAGUUUUGCCUGCAGAAGAAACUUGCCCACAACUGACGUCCACUGAGUCUCCCAAAGACGAAGUUCCUUUAACUUCUGAAACUUUGACUAUCGAAGAGAAAAUUCCACAAAAAGUUGAAGAAACUCCUAAAACUCUGCCUGCAGAGGAAAAACUUCCCCAAAAGAUUGAAGAAGUUUCAAAGCCAGAAAUUCUGCCAGUAGAAGAAGUUCCAAAGGAAAUUGAAACCCCUAAAAUUUUGCCUGCAGAAAAACCUCCACAAAAGAUCGAAUCAGCCCCUGAAAUUCUGCCUGCAACAGAAAAAAUUUCACCGAAAAUUGAAGAAACUCUGCCUAAAGAAGAAACUAUUGAAAAAUUGUCCAAACCAGCAGACAGCGAACCUGUCAAGUCCACCAAGGAAGAAAGAAAAGAAGAGACAAAGCAACCGCAAUCCGAAGAAAUAGAAGAAAUUCAACCAUCGAUCGUGAAAGAAUUAGAAGACAUGAUCGAGGACACCGAACAAAUUCCUCCAGAAAUACCGAUAGAGAAAUUGUUAGACGAACUCGAGUCGCCCAUCACGAUCGACUCGAUUCAGUCGCAGCUAGAGACGGAAGAAGAAUUCGAGAAGUGUAUAUCGAGCGAACCAGAAAUAGAGACAGCCGAUAUCGUGAUCGAGCCAGCGAAACCCAAGGUACAAUUCUACAUAGCCGACGAGAUUUUGGUUCUAAGUCCCGAGAAAAAGAAGCCGGUUCAGACCCCAUUAAUCUUGAAAACCUUGUCAGAAAUUAGCGACUCGAUCAACAAAUCGAAAUUCCUUUCCCUCGACAGCGGCUUCUGGCCCGACAAACACCCUUAUCACGAAGCCGAGCGCUAUCUGUUCGAGAACCUAGCCAAUUACGCGAGAGACAGAUCUUCCAGGGUCAUUCGCGAUUCCAACGACCCUGAUAACUUUGAUGGGGACGGUGAUGGUAGUUUGAACGAUCGCGGAGGUAACGGUGGUCCCAUGAGUUCUUUUUUCAUGGGGAGCCCACACACGGAACGUUUGAUCGCCGAUCUUCCUGGAGGCAUAGGUAGCUGGAGCGAUUACAGCACUUACUUGUCGAGCGAAAACGAGCAGGGAAUGGAGACCGAUUUUCUUCAGGAAGUCGAGAAUCCGAAGACUCUUCAGGAGUCGCUUUCUGAAUUAUCGAAUGAGCAAAAAGGCCAGUCUUCGAUGGUAGAUAAUUCUAGGGAGAGGAGGUUUCAGCUGGUACCCGCUCGCGAAGCGUCUAUUUUAAGCGAGCAACCUGAUCAAUCAGAAUCGUUCACUGAUCUUGAGGAACAGUUCAAACGCGAUGAAUCGUCUUUGGAGCGUCUUCCUUCUCCAGUGUCGUUCGACAAUUCUCAGGAGAGGAGGUUUCAGCUGGUACCUGCUCGCGAAGCGUCUAUCGUGAGCGAGCAAUUUUCUGAUCUCUAUCAAUCAGAGACUUCAGAGCGUCUUCCUUCUCCCGUGUCGUUCGACAAUUCUCAAGAAAGGAGAUUUCAACUGGUACCCGCUCGCGAAGCGUCUAUUUUGAGCGAGCAACCUUCAACUUCUGAUCUUUAUCAAUCAGAAUCUAUAGAUCUUGAGGAGUCCGCUAUACGCGAUGAGUUUUUGGAGCGUCUUCCUUCUCCAGUGUCAUUCGACAAUUCUCAGGAGAGGAGGUUUCAGCUGGUACCCGAAGCGUCUAUUUUAAGCGAGCAAACUCUUCGAUCAGAGUCUUCAGAGCGUCCUUCUCCAUUCGACAUUUCUGAGACGAGAUUUCAGCUGGUACCCGAAACAUCCAUUUCGAGCGAACCCUCCACUUCGUUCCAUCAACAGAGAGAACCCAUUUCCGGUCCAAGCAUCCCGUCGAAAAUCCCAGCCUCUCCAGAACCCACGGAACAUUUAGGUAGAGAAAGAGCACCGAUGCAGCAGCAGACUCCGAAUGUGGAGACGGAGAAAGAGACGGUGGUAGCUGAAGAUGAGGCUGAAAAGAGGAUACGAGGGAUCAAGGACAUCAUACAGGAGCGUCUGAUGGUUUUACAGCUGAGUCUAUCGAACCUGAAAGGAACUUGCUUGCCGAGGGAUAGCAUAGACUCCAUGCUGUCUGCCCUCACGAAAAUGAUAACGGAGCUCCAAGGUUACGAACAAGAAACCAGACAACUUGAGGAGGAAUUGCACAAAAUUCCAGCGGACACCGAGGCACAGAGACUCCUCUCGAACUUGUCUGAAGUUCAAACAAGAAUUUCCACGCUUUUAACUCAGGCUGAACAAGGAAAGGUCACUUUAGAGGCGGCACGUGGACAACAGGUGCAACGUGGACAUGAUAUACACGCAUACAAGCAAUUUUUGGACGAAACUGACGCUUGGUUGAAGAAUAUUGUGGCGAAUAUUAAGGAACCGGUCGCCACGAAUAAGGCUUUGCAGGACGAGUUAAGCAGUCACGCGCAACGAGUAUCGGAGCUUGAAUCGUUGCCAGAAAUCAGCACUCUGGCAAAGGUCCUGAAGAACGCAUUAUUGGAGGUGAUGUCUCGUCUUCAGCAACGGCAGCAGGAGCAAGGAGACGAGGAGGCUCGAGCCGACGAGGCGUCAGAUCGAGAUGACGCGACACUCGAUCAAGCACCCUCCAUACACUCGUCGCUCGAAAGUAGUAUGCCAUCUCUGGCAGACGUUUCCCUGCAGACAGGUCAAAGUCUGCUAGAGAACGAUGUAGAAAAGCCCCAACAGCUUACGAAGGAAACCUCGACGACUCCAGUAUCAACUGUGUGUCACUUAACCACGCAAACGAUGGACGAUGACAAUCUUCAAACCGAAACUAUAAAGAUCCUGAAGACAACCGAAGGUGAUCACGAUGUGAUCGAAAUAGCCACGAAGAAUCUGCCAAGUAUAUCUGUUCAGGAAGUCGUUCAAGAUCGCCCCGAGACAGAGGACAUCGUCGUUGACAUGAAGUACCAGGACCCCACGAAGGAAAGCACUACCAGUGAGCUGAACAUCGUCCACGCUGCUCCGCAAUCGUUCGAGACGGUUUUGGUCGAACCUGACGACGUGACAACGGAAGUGGUAGUAGAUGAAGAUGGUUCCAAGAGGAUUAUCGUGAGAAAACUGAGGAGGACCACCAUGACGAGCAGACAGACCACGCAGCAGCAUUUAUCCUCUACCGCUGCAGCGAUAGGAGACGCUCCAUCCGUGGUGCACGCCUUCUCCGAGGCCACCAUGAGGGACCAGCAGGUCACCGUGACCACGGCCAAGCCUAACGGCACCAUAGAAACCACCACCAAGCAGGUCUAUGGUGGUAGAGUAGCUACUGGAACACCGUUCAGAGAUGUGAACGUGGAGGAGUUCGAGUCGGCGCCGCAGUACACUCAUGUGGUUACUCAUGGACAGAUACGGGACAUCAGUCCUCAGCCCCUCGAGGAGGGUAUCCUGAUGGAGGGUGGUGAAUUCCAGGCGAAAACAGCGAGUGUUCAUGCGGUGGUGCAGCAGGUGACCAGAAGAGUGGUCAGAAAGACUAGGAGGAUCAUUCGGAAGGUAACGAUCAUUGAUGGUAAAGAGACCGCCACGGAGGAGGUCAUAGAGGAACCUGAAGAGGUGGAGAUCGACGAGAAGAGUAUACCUCAUAUAAGCAUCAACGUGGUUAAGCAGGAAGACCAGCGACACGUUGGUGCACAAAUUGAGGAAGAAAAAACUGAUCAGCCUAAGAUCGAGAAGCUUGAUGAAGGUACAGAUGUGAAAGUUGAAACGAAAGACAAAGAUACGGAUAUGAAAGAUGUUACAAAAGUGUCAGAUAUGAAAGAUGUCACAAAAGAUUCAGAUAUGAAAGAUGUCACAAAAGUUUCAGAUAUGAAAGAUGUCACAAAAGAUUCAGAUAUGAAAGUGGUGACAAAAGAUGCAGAAGUGAAAGAUGCAGCCAGUCCCGAGAUGCAGGGACCUUUCUUCGGCGCGUUCGCCAAGGACAUGCACCCAAGCACGAAGUACACAGAACCAGAAAAAGAAAUCUCUAAACCUGAAGAGGAUAAGAAGGUUGCAGAUGCUAUAGAAAGUCAACAACCUCUAGAUGUUCCAUCAGAACAGCUUGAAGAGCCUUUGGUAGAGAGCAAAGUUGAAGAGAAAUUGCUUCAGCCUGUGAAAAAGCCAGCGGACAAGUACGAGCACGAGCAAUUCCUGGCCGAGGUAAAUGACAAAAAGCCCCUUCCAGUGGACAGCCAAGCGUUCAUCGAUGCUGAAGUAUCCGCUGCUUUGCAGAGUCCUAGCCAAGAGAUCAAGAUACGAGAGGGCUCGGUAUCUGAAGAGUUAGUCAGGUCUCCGAUCGACACCGUGUCGGAGGAUGUACCGAGCAUCGAUAAAGCGACCUGUAAGUCUGUCGGUGCACCAGCUAUUGAAACACCCGGUAUGGAGGUAGAAGGUCGCACGGUAGACGUAGAAAAGCACCCUGACACUAGAGGCACCGUAGAUACUUCUGUACUUGAGGAGCCGAAGAGAGCACAAGAUCUAGCUCUCGAAGAAAUACAAAAGACAGUUGAAAUUUCAGGAGAGCCUGCAGCGAUCGAAGAGUCACGAGUCGAAACGAAGAAACUUGAAGAGAAGAAAGAGGAACAUGUCCUGCCAAUCCACGUGAAACAGCAGAUAGUGAAGGACUCGUUCGUUCCUGAAAUGGAUUACGACUACGUGGACGAAGCCCUGAAGCCGGAGUACAAACCCAUCUUCCACAAGGUGGAGAUAUCUCUGGCUGUGAAGAAAGAGGGAGAGGAAGUGGAGCCUGUGGUGUCCGUAAAGAGCCAAACAGAACCGCGAAGUGUACCCUACGGUAUGGUGAUGGAGGAUGUGGACAUUAGUCUACCUGCAGCCAAGGAAAGUAAAAUUCACGAUAAAAUCAUUCAGACAUCUCCACCGGCACCUGAAAGACCCACCACCUUGGAGAAAGAAGUCGCCACCUCGGACAAAUCGGUGAUCACUUCGGAGAAGGAAGAGACAGACAAGUCGAUCAUCACUUCGGAGAAGGAUGAAACUUCGGACAAGUCCGUGAUCGCUUCAGAAAAGGAGGAAGAAUAUCAUCCAAGGCCGACAACGAUACCCGAAGAAGAGGUUGCUUUAAAAAUCGAAGAAGAAAUCGGGUCACCGAUGAAGUCCAGCACUUCACUGAUUUCGAACCUUGCAGACUCGAUGGAGAUUGACAUUCCGUUGUCUGACUCUUCGAAACAGAUCAGUGAAGCGCCCCAACCGGACGUGACGAAAAUAUUCGCAUCAGGUGAGAUCGAGUUGUCUUUGAAGGACGAAACUUCAGAAGGCGAAGAUGGAUACGAGGCAGACAGGACGAUGGUGUCUACAACUACGCCAGAUGACGAUAACGUGACGCGGACGAAGAAGAAGAAGAAGAGGAAGCAGAGAGUGAGGAGUUCAAGAGAAGAAGAGCCAACAGAGUUUCCCAAAACGACCACCGAUGAGGGAGAAUUCACUGACGAUGUGACGCCAGUGGAGAGCGAAGACGCGAAGGCCACGAAGAAGAAAAAGAAGAAAAGGAAGAGAGACGAAGACAAUAAGGAAAAGACUUCACGAGUCCCUGGGUGGAACGAAGCGGACACGCAGACUGCUCCUCGGGACUUCAGCGUCUCGGUAGCUACGUCUCCGAAGCAGGAAGAGGUGUCGGCGACUUAUGUGCAAACAUCGCCGCAGGUACCUGAAGAACCCGAAGUGUCGAAGGUCCAAGAGGUCCACAGAGAGGUGCAGACUUCGCCUCUAACACCUGAAGUCAUUGAAAAACCCAAAACAGAAGUCCACGCAGAAAUGCAAACAUCUCCGUUACUCGGUCUGGACUUCAGCACCCAAACCCUUCAGGAAGAAUCUAAACCUGAAACGCAGCAUUCCGAGAUGCAGACUUCGCCUUUACCAGCGUCAGACUUCGCCGUGCAAACUAUCAGUGAAGCACCACCCGAAAUCGAAGAAACUAGUACUCAGACUUUGGAAACACCUAAAAAAGAGGUUGAAGAGUAUGCUGUUCAAACGAGCCCAAUAGAAGAGAUUCCAGUGAUAGUGGUCCCUGCUGAAACGGAGGAAAUGCAGGUUCAAACUAUGCCUGCCGACGUGGUUUCCAUCGAGGCACAGACAUCGCCAACGGCACCAUCCAUGGAGAUGGAGACUCAGACCAUAGAGAAGACUGUGGCCGCUGUUGAACAGCAGACAACUCCUUCACCCAUCGAGGAGAAGGUUUCAACCUGCAUCGCUGUUCAGACUUUGACUCCUGAAGUGCCUGACAUUAUCGAGACGGAGGCGCAGACGAGUAAACCUACCAGUCCAGAGAUGACCACCUUGGACUUCAAUGUUCAAGCGGAUCUGGUUGUAGAGACCCCAGUGGAAGUGGUGGAAACGCAAACAACCCCCAAGGAGAGUCCCAGGCAGGCUGACACCCAGGAAAUGGAGUCGCAGACAAUUUUACCUCAACCGACCGAAGAAAGAAUGAUGCAGACCAGUCCACUUAGCGUCUCCCCGGUUCCAGUUGAGGUCUGCGAGCUGUCCGCACAGACCAGCCUCGAGGAAGCCAAACAAUCGAUGGACGUGCAAUCGCAGACCCUUCCCGAAGAGACAGAGACGUUAGAUAGCUCUGUGCAAAUAAAAAUGAGCGAGCCUGGCGUGAAGGAGGGUAUCAUCCCUGAAACGCGAGACGAUAUCGCGCAGACGAGUGUGGAGGAGACACCGUCAUUCGUGACUGUUUCACAACAAACGAAUGGAGCUGAAGAGAGAAAUAUAUUUAAGAGUGAUGCGCAGGGAGUGCAAGCCACGGUGGAUGUGGUGGACGCGUCGACGGAAGUUAUGACGCCUGUAAAAUAUAUAGAAAUUCCAGUAGCACCUGAUGUACAAGUACAAGAAACUAAGGAGGAGUUGUUGAUGAUGGGCGUUGAAGAGCCGUCUUACGAUUUUAUACAAACCGAACGAUUACAAGGACUUUUGGAGCAAGAACCAAAGUCGGAAGAUAAAAAGACAAUGGAAGGGUCAACCGCUGAACUGUCGGUCAGCGAUGAGACCACCAGUAAACUUACUGACACUUCGCAGGAUACUAGUAUUAACGAGGACUUGAACGCAGCCAAAGUGGACGACAGCAGCGUUGGAAGGAGACAGAAACGGAAGAGGAGACACAAGACGAUGGAAAUUAGCUCUCCGAGUGAAAUGGACCUCGAGUCCAUAUUUGGCCAACCCGUGGAAUCUAGGGACGUUUCGUUGAAGUUAUCUUAUUCUGACGUAGCCAAGAAGAAUGUGGGUAAGGAGAAGUCUCCUUCUAGCGAUGCCCCUCUGGAGAGGAUUUCUGAACAGUCAGACGACGCUGCAACUAAGGAGAGGAUCGAAGAAGAGAAUGUACAGACCUCAUUUACGGAACCAGUUCAAGAUGUGUGGUCCCUGAGUAAAGAAAAAACAGAUUUAGAACCUGAAGUGCAGCAAGUCCACAUGCCUUCACCUGAACCGAUGGACACGACCGAGGAACCAUUUUCGCCUCCAGAGUCGGUGCAGGAGGAUCGACCCAAGAUCAAAACCUAUGCAGACAUCAUCACUGAAUCUUCCAAGAAGCCUGGUUUGGAGCAAGCUUCGUGGGAGAUGGUUCCACAAAAGGGUGCGAGUUCAAAGGCCUUCCUCCUAGCGGAAACCAAGGAGUACGAUCCUCAGCUUCAGGUCACCCAAAGCUGCCAAACCACGAAAGCUAUUUCUGAUCGAAUGCAGAAUCUCAGGAACGCCAAACAGCCGAGUCACCUGGGAAAUAUUCUGCACAUUGCUCACCUGGAUCAGGUGGCCAAUGAGAAGUUAGCCGAAGAACGUGCCGCUGAUGUGAGGAAGGAGUUGUCUCACCUGAAGGACGCUGCUCAAGAGAAAGAUGCGAUCGCUGUGGAGGAAACCCUGGUGGUCAUUGUGGAUACCAUAUCCACGUGGCUGGAGACGAUCGAGUACAGGAUCUUCUUGAGUAAAGAGUGUCCUAGUGGACCUUCGCACGAGGACAAGACGUAUAUCGAACUGAAAGACGAAGUGGAGAAUGUGGAGGAAAAUAUACAGGAGUUGAAGAACAUUUGGAAGCUGGUGGAGACUAAUUAUCCUGGGAACGAUCGCGCCAGUUUGCAGGAGUGUCUGGACGCUCUCAUGCAUCAGGUGAAGAUGAUCGAGGACGUGACUACCGAUGGAGAAAAGCAUGUGACCAGUGAGCUUGCCCGAUGGGACGAGUUCGUGAACGGGGUGAACAACAUGUACAGGCUGAUCGAAGAACAACGUGGACAGCUAAACAACAUUAUUGAGCAGGAAGCAUCCACAAAAUGGAAGCUUCAAGAGCUCGAUAAGUUGGAAAAUAUAAAUCGUUGCCACAUGUGGAAGACCGCGUCCCUCCUCACCACUUCUCACGAACUGCUACGCGAUUAUCCUGGAAAACACAUCCCAGAAGAGACCUACACUGCUCACGAGAUGACCAAGGUGAUCGAGCACGGUAUUUCCAUCGAACGCGAACGUCUUCUGCAACUGCUGGCUUUGGCCGAGGAAUACGAGCAGACUCUUCGAGAGUUCGCGCAGAUCACCGAGAUUGCAGAAAAUUUACUAGAAAGUCCUAUCUCUGUGAUGAGUUUGGAACACCUUCAAGAAGAGAUGCAGAAGCACAGGAAGUUCUUUGUCAAUCUGAAUCACUGUCGAGCGAUCCUGGAGUCAUUGGAGGGUAAUUUGGACCCUGAAACGAGGACCAAGUACUCUGACCUUCACGAAGAAUUACAUAGUAGAGCUAUUUCGUUGUUGGAUCAAGCAGCGUCCAGAGCUCAACAAAUGGCUCUGGCUGCGUCCAGAUGGAUUCUUCUCGAACAAGGCGUCAAAGAGGAACGAGGAUGGCUCCAGGUUGCUCAUCAACGAGUUCCUGACCUCCAAACUGUGACGUCAUCCGACUACGACCAGUACAUCUCCCUGUACCAAUCACUGGUAACCGAUGUGACGACGCAUCACGCUAAGAUAAUUCAGCUGCUGAACGUAGCCCGCAGUCUUCAGGAAUUGGUGAACAUCGAAGAUCCCGAGGAUCGUUAUGGAGAAGCUUUGGACGUUAUCGUGAAGCUUCAAGACGACGUGGAAUCGUCUUUGAGAAGAUUGUUGGCGUUUAGGGAGAGUUGGAGCAAUCAGGAUGCGUUGAUGAACAGAUUGGAGAACUGGAUGAACAAGGUUGAGAAGGAGCUGGGUAGUCUGCAUGAUCCGUCUGGGGGUCACAUACGACAAUUUUGGGAGCUGAAGGCCCAGUACGAGGUCCACAACAACAUGCGAGAGGAAGCAAACAACAGUUUCGAGCAAGCGCUCAGAAUCAUCCCUCUCUCCGACGAGAUGUUGCAAAGACAGUUCCACCGCGAGGUCCAAGAUCGCUGGGACGACGUAAGCCACCGUAUCAACGAGAUCCAAGAACAAGUCACUAGAAACAUCUCCUCAGAAGACAUCUCUUCCAACGAGAAACUGAAGCUCCUCGAAAGAGAGUUGAACGAGCUACGAAUGACCAUAGACGGUUUCCACGGAGUCCUCAAAACGGAAGAAGAGCUGGAUCUCUACAUCGAGCGACUGACCGUCCUCUUCGACAGAAUAUCGUUGAUUCAAGACGAGCUGGGUCGGCUAGGUCUUCUUCCGGUCGCGGAGAGCGAGAAGGUCGGAGUGCUGUUGUCUUCCGCUCGUCGAAUCGAGAGUCAGAUCAGCGAGGAACUGGACGCGGCACAAUUAUUAAGGGAAAGGCUUCAAGCUAUUCAUCGUGGCCUCAACCGUGUCAGGAAAGCUCAUCAACGGCAAUCAUCUAUAUUGGAUCAAUGCGAGGGAAGCGAACGACAGGGAAGCGACGUGGUCGCGGCUGCUGUAGAGCGUUGUCAAACGGUCGCUGACGAGCUCGCUAUAUUGUGGCAGGAUAUCAUGGGACUCAGACAAUUACUCCACACUUUGCCAACCAUUAUGAGGGUCUCCGUGUCACCUGUCAGCGUGGAACGCGAUAUCUCCAACCUGCAGGAUGCACACACCGAUCUGGAGGCCAGAUGCACUCGGCUGUUGGCGCUGCUGAGGAACAGACUUGCUCUGUGGAGGAGGUUCGAGAGACAGCUGGAAAUGGUGCAGCAGUCCGUUCAGGAAGCUGAUUACAUGAUGGAGCUGCUGACGGUUCAGGGAUCGGUCGAUUAUGACAGACUACUCAAAGCUACUGAACGAUUGGAGGGUCUCAGCGGUGAUUUGGGAGCCCGAGAAGUUCUCAUUGGCGAAUUGCGGGAAGCUGCCGAACCUCUGCGGGAGGGUUGCGCUGCAGAGGUCCGCGAGAAGGUCGAAGCAGCGGUAAAUGAGGCCGUGCAGGCCUGGGAGGACACCAGGGCCGAAUUAGAUGCCCUUUGCACCAAGUAUCAGCACGCGUGCAGAUUGUGGCAACAGUACAAAGAUUCGAGUGCCGCGGUGAAGGCUUGGGUGGACACCCAGAUGGACAGCGUUGCUAACCUGCCACCUGAAGAAGCCGUCAAGCACAUCAAGAUUUGCGAGGAAACAAUGGCGGAACACAAGGAAAGAUUGGCGGAACUUCGUGGCCUGGUUGCACAAAUUGCAUCCGACGUUGGUUUGGAUGCAAGCGGACCAUUGCACUGCGAAGUUGAGGCCCUCGGACAACGUCUCGAAGACAUCCGUGAAACGCUGUCGUGUCUCGCAGACGCGGCAGACGCUCGUGCCCUCAACCAGGAGUAUGCACGUGGCGAUUUAUGUCAGGCAAAAAAUUUCUUGGGCGCCGUCCAACAGAGUCUAACAGCAGUCAGCCAGGGCGAAUCAAAGGAGCAAUUGACGCUCCUGCGUAACCACCUCCUAGCGCUGACGUGCACGGAGCCACAGCUGCAAUCAAUCAAGGAGCGCAGUUUAGAGGUGUCUUCGCAGGAGCCGUCGGUUGUGGAAGUUCUUCAGCUAUGGCAGAAGGUCUUCAGGGAAACCUUCCAACAGUAUCAUCGCCUGUCGGCUCGUCUAGUCAAAACCCAGGAUGGCGCGACCGCCCUUAAACUCUGGCAAGAGUACUUAUCCCACGUGCAGGAUUUCCUAUCGAACGACGUUCCCGGUGAUUACAACGGUUUGUCGGAGCAUAGGAAUCUCUGCGAGGUUCAUCGGAACCUCCUGACUGAUCAACAGAAUCUCAUACUUACCGUUCGUUCCGAAGAGGGCGGUAAUCUGUCGACUACAGAACAGUUCAACAUCCUGACGAACCUACACAACGAAACCUUGGCGAAGAUCAUGGAGAGGCAUGCGGCGGUUCGCGACAGAUUAGCCGCGUGGGACAGGUACAAAGUUAAUCAAAGUAAGCUUCUGUCCUGGUUGAAAGAGGUCGAAAGAGAACGAAGUCAGCUUCACCUUCGAUUCAUUCAUCUACGAAGACUGGACAAGAUCCUGCAGAGGAUACAGACGUUGCUGGACAAGGUACCGGAAGGCGAAAGUCAGUUGGAGUCCCUGCAGGAGCAGCACGAGUCGCUGCUGAUCAAUUGCGACGAAGCGUUGGCUGUGUCCAUACGCAUGGAGCUCGCGGCUGACUCGCAGAGGAUAGCUAACUUGAGCGCCAGUCUGGAAACCUGGAGAGAUUUCAUCCAGAGGAUACAGAAACUUCACGGGGAAUACGAGGAGCAGACGAAGGAGGUCAGCUCCACGUUCGACGAAAUUAGCCAAGCUUUAAGCACGGCGUUCCACGCGAAAGCCGCGAGCCUCUCGAGGACCAACGAACAGCUGGAGUCUAUCCGCCAAUUGCAGAACAGGCUAUCGACCAUGAGCACGGAUUUAGAAUCCCUCGGUGUCAUUACCGAGCAGUUGAGGGAGUGUCUGAGUCCGUCCGACAUGAAGACCUUGAACCAGCAGCGAACUCUUCUGUGUCAGCAACACGGGGACCUCGAACACCAAGCAGCGUUAUUAGUAUGCAGGUUAGAAGAGCGUUGCGGCCUCUACGAUCGCUGGAAGGACAAGCUGGGUAGACUGUUCACGUGGAUAGAGGAGACAGAGACUCGAAUACAGAACUACGACGCUAUGACCCCGAACGAACCCGGAGAGACGUUGAAGAGACUGGAGUGCGAGUUACAGGCAGAGAUCGCUCUGAAACAGAGAGACCUGUCGUGGCUGCAGAACACUGGACAAGAUCUGAUCGAAGUAGCCGAAGAGAAGGAGAGAGAGACCCUUCAGCGAUCUUUAGACGAAGUGAACGAGAGGUGGGAUCGGUUGUUAGCCAUGGGAAAAGCCAGAGCUACCAAACUGGUCGAGCUGAUGAGGACCAUGGACACCUUGGAGAGGAGAAUCAACGAACUGAGAAGCUGGCUGGCCAGCGUCGAAUCUCAACUAUCGGAGACCUUCGUGAUCGAAAAGAUCGAUCAGAAUUGCAUCGAUAAGAAGCUCCAAGACCACGAACACGUUCAUAAGAUCAUCGAGGCUGAGAGCGAAAACGUUGGCGAGGUGUUGAAGCUCUGCGAGAUCUUGUUGAACGACUGCGACACGUGGAAGGCGUCCUUCAACACGGACACCAUCAAGGCUGGCGUGGAAGGUUUAGAGCGAAGAUGGACAGCGACCUGCGUGAAGUCUGCGGAAAGAAAGGGCAAGAUCAUCCUCGCCUGGAAGAUACUUCAGGAGCUGGAGAAGAUCAGGAUAGAACACGAAGACUGGCUCAGGGAGACCGAUGCCGUUCUGUCAGAUCUGGAGAACAACUUGGACGAAGUUUCGAAAGAGGACUCGAAGAAGGCGAUCGAAAGGGCGAAGAACAUCCUCGAAGACGUCGAAGGUCACGAGUCCGUGAUGAAGAUAAUCGAACAGAACUUUGGUCGCCUAGCGAGAACCGGCCUAGAGCCCGAUAAUCUGAAAUCACUUAUCAGCGGAACCCGGCAGCUUAUCGAUAAGUGGCAAACGUUGAAACCUAGAGUCAACGCUGUUCUAUUGGCGCUUCAACAAGGUCAAAAGAAUUAUCGCGACUUCAUUACGGUGCACGGGGCAGCGGUAGUCGGAUUGACGCAAGUCGACGUUCGAUUGACGAGAACGCAACACCUGGCCACGCCUGAACAGAAGGCGUCUGUUCGACGAAGACUCCAACAGUUGAACGAGAUCGAGGAAGAGCUAAGGACCCAGAACAUCACGCUGCAGAAAGCUGACGAGUUGGCGCUGAAGGUUAUGCAAGAAUGUCAUCCGGAUGACGUGGCGACGAUCCAGGAACUGGUAGACGAAUAUCAAUUGCUAUGGAAGGACAUCAAGAAGAGGGUAGCCUCGUUGAGGGCGGAAAUCGAGGGACAGGAGAAACAGGAAGUUGACGAAGCUGUGCAAGUGGAAACUUUAAAGUUUGAACAGGACACUGCUGUUCAAGUGGACACUUUGCCUAGGUUGUUGAGGAUGACUUCGAGUGACGCGUACUUGAUGGAACUCGAAGCCGCGUUGGCAGAGUGCAACGAUGCGUUGGACACACUGGAAAUAGCCGUUACCCCGGAUCCUGUUGCUGGACCUGGGCUAAAUGCGGCUGCUAGAAAUAUUAGUAAAUUGAUCGGAAGUUGUCAAUCAUCGAUCGAACUGGUUCGUCAUUUGCAUAGUUUGCUCAUUGAAGACGGGAAAUUGAGUGCUCAGGUUGCCAAAGCUGACGAGGUUACAGCGCUGACGAACAGAUACGAGAAUCUCUUGAUACUGGCAAGAACGCGUGAACAACAAAUUAGAGAACUCAGGUCGUCUAUCAGCGACGUUUACACCUCCCCCUGUGAUCACGAUAACGGAAGACUGACCUGCCCAUUAUGCUCGCGCCGCAAUUGGGCUCAACUAGAGAACGAUCUUUGGAGAUUAGAAAAGUGGUUGGAGUUCGCCGAAGGCACUCAAAGUGAACAACAUUCGCCACCGAGCAGCAUAGAACAAUUGGAGGACGUGAUUCAAGACCAUCGUGAAUUUCUGCUCGAUCUCGACUGCCAUAAGAGCAUCCUCGUCAGCCUGAACACAGUGGGUGCUCAUUUAGCCGACCACAUAGAGGAAUUAUGUCGAGCCACACAGCUCAGAGACAGAUUGACCGUCGCGAACACGAGAUGGGACAAAGUGUGCACGCUCGCUUCCCGUUGGCAGGAACAGCUGCGAGUUGCGCUGAUGUCGAACCAACAGUUUCAUCGCAUCGUCGAGGAGCUGCUCGCGUGGCUGGAGAAAACGGAAAUCAGUAUAAGGGCCAGUGAACCCGUUGAUCUCACGGAAUCGACCGAAAUUAUGACCGCCAAGUACAAUAAGUUCAGGGAGCUAAGAAGUGACCUAGAACGAUGUGAACCCCGAGUUUUGUCUCUCCAAGAGUCAGCGAAUCAGUUGUUGGACGAGAAAGGCGAAACCAGAGCACGCCUACAGGAGCUCCGACUCAGGUUGCAGUCUUUACGACGACUGACAGGGAUAUACGCUUUAAAAUUAGGGGCAGCGUUGGGAAUGGACCCUCGAGACGUUGGACUUGCCGCCACUACGUCCUCCCUCGCUUCCCUUUCUCAAGACCUGCUCGACGAAGCUGCCUCUGGAUCCGUUCAACCCCGCGACGCAUCCGGCACAGAUGGUGACGAUGGCCAACAAACGGUAUUGUCUCGAGGAUACCGUUUCCUGGGCCGAGUGUUGAGGGUCUCCUUACCGAUCCAAGCUGUCAUGCUACUGGUCCUUGGCGUCGCCUCCCUGGUCCCAUCAGCCGAAGAAGACUACAGUUGUAUGCUGUCGAACAACCUCGCCAGAAGUUUCACUCCGAUGGUCGUUUACCCGAACGGACCGCCGCCGAUUUAACAUUAAAAGGACACCAUUUAAAACGCACCAACUUCGCCGGUCCUCGAAGAACUUUCAGUCGAAACAUUCAGAAAAAUCGCGGCAAACGGAAACGUCAUCUGCGUAGCUACUUAACUAGCCUGUCGUGCGAUGUACCAUUUCCAUCAUGUUAUAGAUGAAGACUCAAUGGAUCUCCCAUGAGAUCAUCGAGACGAUCGAAACGCAUUUCGAUCGCCUCGAGGAUCGUACAUUUUGGCCAAGACGAUUUUUACACGUGUGAUAUAACGUUUCUAGUUGUGUAUAACGUUAUGGACCAAGAGAAAAACGAUUGUACGGCUCCGUUUCGCUUAUUUAUACGUAAUUGUGAUCUUCGUGCAAUACGUUCUUGUGCAAUCUCUUCCGGAGGGAAUGCACGAGAAUAAUUACGACCACUCGAACGAUUUAACACGGUUAUCGACGAAUUUGUUUCGAUCUAUUGAAAACUCCCUUCCCACGACAUUCCAUGUAACAUUACCGCGUUUCUAUUUAUACGAACACAUAUUAACACAUUGUAGAUAUCGUUCCUUUGAUACGACUAUUGAUUUUUCACUUUUUCUUUCUCCUUCGAGGUUUAGGUUUCGUUUGUACAGAGAACGUGAGAGAGCGAGAGAAAGAGAAAAAGCGAGAAAGUAUUAAUGUCACAUGGAAUGCGCGAAACGUGUUAUUAAAUUAUUAGAAACGAUUUAUUAUUAACGAAUCGCUUUACGUGCACACACAGAACACAACCGCGAAACUUGUUACGAGAGAAGAACGAUAUUAUAUGUACUCGAGUUUCGCGUUUUACGGCUAGUACGUAAACGAGAGAUUAAUAUAACCUUGUUCCGACUUUAUUUUUUAUACGUUGCGUUUAUAAAUCGAGAAUAGAGAAGCGGUUCGAUAUAAAAAGAAUAAUGGAGAACGAAACGUCCACUGACCGAUUCCCUCGGCAUCGCCGAGUAAUCGCGACAGUCAUUGGUGCUAGUUCGAUGGAUAGAAAGAAAACACGAUAAUAUAUAAAUUAUAGGAUUCAUCUUUUCCGUUGUUUUUUUAACACGUAAUUGAAGGUGAACGAUUAAAAAGACAUCGCAUAAUGAGUCGCAUAAUAAUAAACGAAGUUACCGUUGCCUGAUGAAGAUGUUUUACUCGCGAGAACGAUAAUUACAGGAUACGCACAAAUGGAUCACGAAUUCUAUUCGAGGUACAAACAAAAGAAAUAAACGAACCGACUGUAUUUAACGGCCCCGCUAGAAUUUCGCUUCCUAAUUUAAAAAUGGUAUCUUGCUUGCUACGCGACCGAGCUUUGUUAUGUAUUUUUGUAAGGACAGAGCUUUCCGAAGACGGUGUACAUCUGUCGAUGUAAUAUAAUUACAAUAAAUUGAGACCUAUACGAAAGUUGUCUGAUUUAUCACU